UCAAGAUUCUCUUUUUUUACCGCUAUUUGUUAGUGGAUGUACAUCCUCUCUGUUUUAGAUAUGUGCCGGAUUUCCUGUAUUUUCAUUGGUGUAUUUGUGGAUGUCUUGACAAAGGCUGCUUUCAUUUUUCUCUGAAAAAUGUGUGAGCAGGUUAGAUUUUCCCUCCUCUAUGCUCAGACAUUCACCCAUUUGUGCGGGCAUCUGGAGUACAGGAGUAUCUAACGAAGCAGUGUCAGUGCCUCCAAAACAAAAGAGACAUGGCCGGGGACCUCGUGGUUGGAAUGCUGUAUAACUUGAUACUUCCCCUGCUACUAUUAAUUGGUGAGUCAACCUCUGUUGAAUUUUUUGAUCUUUGUAUACCAAUAAACAAAUGGUAUUGCGACAGUAAUUUUAGAUCCCAUAUUAAGAACUGUUGUCUUAAUAAGAACUUUCUGUUGAUGCUGAGGGAGCUGCAGUAUCAGAAAAAAAUGAUGACUGUACAAAUGUUCUUUUGAAUAGCAUGCAUAUUUCUUAAUAAACAAAUAGAAUUUUUGCAUGCUAACUUCAGCUCCACAAAUGCAAAACCCCGUAUUUCUUUUUUAUGUAUUACAAAAGGACAUUGUUUAAUAACACAUAAGAUUAUGCUGUAUUCUCAUUAAGCUGCCAAAUAUUUGCUAAAUGAUAGGAAAUAUUUGCUGUAUAGGACUUCUUCAAUUUUGAAUGUAUACAAUGCAAUGUUGAGGGGAAAAUGUCAAAAAUUGAAUAGUUGUUGAAUAAUAAAAAAAAAAAACAGUGGACCAAGCACAUAUGAAAUGCACUGUGAAAGGGCAUGCUCUCUGUAGCCAUUCCUGGUGAAUUAGCAUGAGAAAUAGUCAUGCUGCGGUCAGUAAAAUAUCACAAAACAUACUGUUGUUAGCAUGUGAACUACACAAGAUUUACACUGCGAAAAAAAAAAACCCAAAACACUGAUUUGUUUUUUUCAGUCACAGCACUUGCUGGUCAGUGGAAUCUUUCCAUUGGAAAAAUUAUUUGUGCAAUAAGGGAACUUAAAGUACUCUUCGCCUAUUCAGCUUUUUUGACCCCCUCCCCCAAUGUGGAAUGCUAGUGGUUUAUAGAGUGCAAUUAUAAAAAUGCAUGUUUUAAUUUUUUCUGGAUAAGUGAAUGUAUCAAGUCUUCUUGUUGGGGCUGAUAAAGAGUGUCAUUUUCUGUCUUACCUCAGCUUCUUCGUUCCGCUACAAUGGUCUGUCAGUGGUAUAUUUCCUGUAUUUGCUCACCUUACCACUGCUUCCAAAUCCCAGCCUGGUUACCAUGAAAGGUGAGAUGUGCUGAAAAGGGGCACAACAUAAUUCCACUUGUUCUGCAGAGACUCCAUUAUAGAGUGUAAAGGAUUGAUGCAAAUUUAGACAAUUGUAACCACAAGGGAUGUUCAAAUUAGAGGAUUAAAUUAGAUUUACAUCAUUCCAACAUGAGCAAAAAAUGUUUCCGGCCCAAUUUUUUAGAAUGAAGAGAAAAGUUGGAUUGGAAAUUUUUUUAAUGAAUUACUUAUGACAUGAUGAACUGAAAACUUAACAGCAGUAAUCUAAAUAAGCUUUAAACUGUUCAUUCAGAGUCUGUCAAACAACGAAAGAAAGAAGCCGAAACAAUUUAGAAGAGGCAACAUUGAGUGUUAAAUAAGACUACAAAGUGCGUGUGUGUGUGUGUGUGUGUGUGUGUGUGUGUGUGUGUGUGUGUGUGUGUGUGUGUGUGUGUGUGUGUGUGCUUGUGUGUGUGCACGCGCAAGUGCUUUCUCUGUAUUGAUUACUGCCUGCUGAUGAAUUAAAGUUUCUGCACCCCUCCCUCAAACUACUUUGUAAAGAGGAUACGGUUUGAAUGGGAAAAUCAAUUAUACAUAACCUGGUAAUUACAGUGUAGAAUUAAAAGAUGUGAUGUCAGCAUUUUCACAGCAUUUUUUCUUUCACUUUACAUCCUUCCAUCUAAAAACUGUCCACCUCCCCCCUGUCUUUGAGAGCUCCACAGAGCCCACAGGGGUCUUCAUCUGUAUAUGUUCUACUCUCCAUGGGCUAAGUGGUAGAGUGUGUAUAUCCUGUGUGUGAAUCAUGGGUUUAUGUGCAUCCAUCUAGAUACUUGGGAGUGUGUAAAUGUGUGCGUGAUUAUGUAUUUCCUUAUUGGGAUGCAUUGAAGUGUAAGUGAAACAAAGCUUUUAGUAAAAACCCUGGACACCGACAGCACUUUUGCACACUCAGCUGAAGUUAAGCCACAUCAGCAAUUAUAGCUUUUUGUCUCCAAUGUCUUGGUUUCAAACAUCAACCUCUAUACUGAGUCUUUGAACUGAUACCUUUCAUUGAAACCAAAUAUUGAACUCUCAUGAACACACACUCAGGCACAUUUGCAAACAUUGUUUUAAUAGAUGCAGACUUCGUUUGAAUAUUUAUUGUUUAGACCUUUUUAUGAGUCUUUAACAGAUUAUUGAAAAAAUCAAUUUCAUUUUGAUGCACAUAAACUCAUCUGUGUAAAAAAAUCAGUAGCUCCACCAGGCCAACAAAACACAGACUGAAAACCCAUUUUUGAAGCACAUUAGGAACAAAUUAGAAAAAGUUCCUUGUUUAAGAAAAAAUACAAAACAGAACACACCUAUACACAGGGCAGGAACAGCAAAGACUAUAGAUGUACUGCUCAAGCCAAUUCACCCACCGCUUUGAUAGAAGCGAAACAUCAGCAUUCAAUACAACUGUGAGACUGUCUGUGGGCAAGGUCUUACAGUUCACUGUUUGUGCUAAAGUCUUGUCAAACAAACAACGUGCCACAGUCAAUAGUAAUAAUGUACUCGUUCCUUCACUGCGCCAAGCAUUUAAUUGUUGCCCUUGUGACCACUAGAAAAAAAGAUUACAUGAAAAUGAUGCACUGUCUUAAAUUCUAACCAGCACUCUGAGUUUAGCUUUUCCUUUUCAUUAAAACGUUGUUUUGAGUAUCCAUCUGUAUUACUGUAGUUAACCUAUUAUUUUAAUAAGAUAAAUGCAAAUUGUUUAACCAUGUGUGUCAGUAUGUCUUUUUAACCACAGAUCUCAGCCAAAGCCCACAGAUUAUGUUUCUUCCAUGUGUUUUGUAGUUCGUUGUUUGUUUGUUUAUGUGAAGUUAUAAUAUCUUUCAUGACAGGGGAAAAGUUAAAACCUAGUUUGGGAAAAACUACAAACAGUCAAACAAAUCCAGCUCUUAAAACUCUUCAAAUGCCUGCUAGUCAGACUUUAUGUUAAAUAAAGAAUUGUGAAAAUAUUCACAAGGGUGGGAUAGUUAACUACAGAGACUGUAAAUUUAAGCAAGGUCCAUGGUGUGGUGCAUGAUUCUCUCUAAUUUUAUUAAAGACAUGGUUCACUAACUAGUUUGUCAGCUGUGACUUUUGCCUCUUCCUGGUUUUAACCAAUUGCUACUCUGCUUAGGUAAAACAGGCCAGUUCUUGAGGCUGAUCAUCUACACCAGCCUGACCUUUCUGGCCUUACAGUGCUUCAUGCAGAUCCCCUUCGCCUACAUACCUCCACAUGGUAAAAAAUAAAAAAAUGGUGACACUUCUUUGUUAUUUUUAUUAGUGAGCAUAGAAGCUGUUCCCAAUAAUGAACUUUCAUAAAUUUGGGUUUAAAUGAUUUGAAAAAAUUACAUUGUCUUUUAUAGAAUAAAUAUCUCUGAAAGUCUCUCAGUUUGUGAAAGUUUGAUUCACUAUGGGAAAGACUUUGUUCACAGCAUGAUGACUAUGCUUUUUAUUUAACAGUCAGCGGCUUCUGGGAAGAUUUCUUCUACCACGUGGGAAUUAUAAGGUAUGGGAAUGCAUUUAGGAGUCAUGCAUUAUACGGGGGGUUAAAAGACUAAUAUCAAACAAAUAUCACAUUCUGGCAUUGUCGUAAUUUUAACAAAUUGCACAAUUGAUUUUAUUUAAUUUCCCUCAGGGAACCUUCCAUAAAGGAUCAAUAAAGUUCUAUCUAAUCUAAUCUAAUCUAAUCUAAUCCGAUUUAAUAUAAUCUCAUCUAAUCUAAUGUGUUUUGAGGAAAUUUCAAAUCCAAUCUUAGCUGAAGAAAGAUUAUCAGUGGAGAUCAAAUCCAUGAAUAUUUGUGUGUUUUCAGAUUCAGCUCGGUUGACCCUGGAAAUGUUGUACGUCUUCUGGCUCCAGAUCUGGGCCUUUUGUUCUCUUCCCUUUUCAUUCUCCGACUGUGUAAAAAACUACUGCGUCCAGUGCCACAAGUCAGUAUCCAUGAAAACGGCAUACAAUCAUCCGACCCUGAGGUAACACAUCAACUGAUAUAACACUAUAUGCUAGGAAUGCAUAAUGAUACCAAUCUAAUCAUUAAAUGGAUCUUACAGGAAGUGGAAACAUCUGAAACAGAGUCUGAGGAAGGAAGUGACUCAGAGGACUCAUCUUUUGAUAGCUCAGAUGAGACCACUGUGCCAGUUCAGUCAGGUCCACCCCAGUUUGUCCAGAAGCUGGUUGUGUUUGCAGCUGGGCUGAGGCUGCUGCUUUCUGCAGUCAUGAACACAGCAGGGAAGGUGGUUGUGACUUUGCUGCUUGGACUCUCGGGUAAAAUGUUUUAGCUGGUGUGAAGACACAAGUGUAUCUAAUCUUUAGAUUGCUAAUUCAAAAACGUACUUGAUUCAUGCUUUAAUUGGUCUGUGCAUGUGCAUGUGUGUGUGUCCAUGUGUGUCCACGUUUGUGUGUGAGAGCAGGCAUCACACUGCCCUCCCUCACCUCAGGUGUAUAUUUUGGAGUGUUUCUCGGGCUCGUGUGGUGGUGGGUUUUCAGUCAUUCCAUCAGCUUGCUACUAUUCAGCUCCUUAUGUGUGAUGAUGGCCAUCUUUAGCGGAGGGCACCUUUUGGCUCUGUACCUCUACCAGCUACCCCUGUCCCAGCAGCUUGUGCCAACAGAGGAUGUUUAUGCCAGGUAUAGAAUUCAUUAUAAAAUAAAUGAGACACAAACUUUGUGCAGAUAUUGGAAGCAGAUAUGUCAUUUGUAUAACCCCUUUUAGAAUUUGGUGUUUAUCAUUUGAAAUCUUUUUAGAUAUAAAAUGAGCCUGUGUUGAAUUCUGUACCUCUUCUCCACCUCUUACACUCUUUUAAAUCUCCUUAUCUUCUAAUUUCACUUAAAUCUUUCUCUACCUGUCUCAGGUUGUUUGGCAUGACUGGAGUAAUUUGGACUAACAGUUCAGACCCACACACUCUUGGUCUGCACCCUCAUGUCAGUUGGCCUGACUUUGUCAACCCUUUGGUUUUGCUACUGCUUUAUUACACUCUGGUGGCUCUACUGCACAAAUGGGUCCAUAUAGAAAUAGAGGUUUGUAUGAUUGUAUUCAUGCACUUGUCAAGAGAUAUACAGGCAUGUGUGAGUACAGUGAAUAAUGUUGGUGCCCCUCAUGUAUGUAUGGUUACACAGAGUUUUUCACUUAUACUACAACCUUAUUGCCACAAGUGCUGAAACUUGUGCUAAUAACCCUAUUACCAGCACAACUUAAAUUAAUUCUCCUUUAAAAACUGAACUAGUGUUCAAAUAGUAGACAGUAUUAACUUUCAUGAUGGGCUUUUAAAAGCAUAUUUGUUUCAGGAAAAUGUUGAUGAUGAAGAGUCUGAGAAUCCAUUGGAAAGUCCAGAAGCUCCUCCAAGUUUCUCAAGGGUUAUCUACAUCUCAGGCGAUAAGCAAGAGGUAAAAUAAGAGCAGAGAUACACUUCUCCUCUGUUUUAUUUCUGUGAUUAUUAGUGCUUGUAUUGGGUCAGUCAAAAGGACUAAGGCCAGAUCAUUUUACUCAUUGUUGGUUGUUCCCGAUAAAGUUAUCUAAGCAUCUGUGAACAGCAUACUUCUACUUCCUUCCGACCUACACAAGUCAGCAUGUGAAAUUUGUGUUCUUCAUUUCAAAUAUCAUAUUUUACAUUUCAUUUAUUAAAGUUUUUCUUUAUUCCUUAGCUUUUAAGUAGUACAGAUGAGGAAACCUACCUCCCUGACGAGGUGAGUUAUUUUCUGGCUCAAAAUGUUUGUUUUACAGAUAAAUGUAGGACAUAUAGAUAUUUGUAAUUGAUAUUUGUAACUUACAGUAUUUGGUUCUCUCUUUCCCCAGCCAAUUAUUUUAAUGACACAGGGUUCUUGGCAAGAUGUCCAGAUAAACGACCUGGGAUCUUUGUCACCAGGGGCAGGGUACACAAACUGUUACUCUCCACCACAGUAUGAAGACAAAGACUCCCCCUUACAUGGUAAUCUUGAUACUGAAAUCUCUCAUUACACAGCCUCAGCAACAACAUCACUACAACCACUGUCAAUCAAUUCAUGCAAAUAUUUUAUACAGCAUGUGUGGUUCUCCUGAAACCCCAGUAACCCACACAUGAACUCUAUCCAACAGGGGUAUCAAGGGUUAAAGUCUGUCUUUUGUUUAACUCAAGUUUCCCUUUUAUCCUCAAGUUUUUCUUUCCUUUGUGCUAGAGACAAAAAGUGAGAAAGAAAUGGGAGAAGAGUCUGAGAGGAAGUUGGCAGCAGAAACAUCACCUCCAACCACAGGACCAAGUGGCCUGGUCAUUUUUGGACAACUGGUGCAAAAACACAGCUAUGUCAGCGCCCUCAUCAUCAUGAUGGUAUAUGAUGCUAAUAAUCAGUUUGGAGGUUUUUUGACAAAUCUUUCAGUAUCUAUGACUAUAACAGUCAGGUUGGUCAACUGGAGAGAAUUUUUUUUUAUUCAAGCUUAGGUCAGCUUAGUAAUGUAAUAGUACUUUAGGGUUAGAUUCGGAAGGACCUUCAGGAUUUCAGUUCCAUUGCCAACAAUUCUCCAAAUUCCUGACAUAAUAUUGCAAAAGCAUCAUGGGAUUAAAAACAACAACUUUUUUUUAGGUGUGGAGUAUCACCUACAACAACUGGCUGACUUUUGCUCUGUUGGUGUGGUCCUGUAUAAUUUGGAUGAUGCGAGACCGACGCCAUUAUGCCAUGAUGUCUGCCCCAUUCCUUGCUAUAUAUGGCACUGUCCUAGUGGUGCUCGGAUUUCUGAGUGGGCUACGUCUGAGCAGGGCCGAGCUGUAUCCUGGUCUUCCCCCAGCUGUGAUCGUGGAUUUUGACCUUAACAGCUACCACCCUUCACCCUGUGUUCAUCUAGGAGCCAAGGUGAGGUGUAGAGGGUUUAAAGAACAGGAAGAGCAAUUAAAAAAACAUAUUUUAAAAAGGUUCAUGUUUUAGAAGAGACAGUGCAGACCACAGAAGAACAAAACCUUAUCAAUUUCAUUGUGUGUUAAGAUUUUUCCGACCACUUGUUUUUUCUUUUCUUUUUUUGUAAGUUUUUCAAUAUAUUUGACUACUAGUCGACUUAGAGUUAUGAAAGAAACCACCAAUUAUUGGUUAAAGGGGUCAGCUUGUUGAUUAGUUGGCGAAACCCCUACAGUGUCAAUAGUUCCAACUAUUGGGGGCAGUGUGAUUAGAUUUACUUGACAUUGGCCUUGUCAUAUACAUUACAAGUAAUAAGUUGAAAAGAAGUAAAAAGUCUCAAUAUGAAAAUGACCAGGACAUCACAUCAACAAAUAAUAAUGUCUUCACAUAAGAUAAAACAGUAAGAAACUCUGAAGUGUAUAUUAUUAUUACGUAAAUCAAGCUGUUCAUCAGUGACAAUCACCCACUUUUAGGUUUAUGUAUUUAGUGUAAGAUGUUUUUUCAACCCCACAGAUUGAGGUCUUAAAUCUAUGCACUGACAAGAGAUUCCUAAUUUCAUGCUUGUGCUCAUUGGAUUUUAGUACAACUGUGCACAUCCAAAUGAACUAUCUUGACCAUUGCAUUUUGACCAACUCUGUGUGAGUAUACAUAUUUGUUUUGUGCUCAUGAUACGUUGUGUGUUGCAGGUUUUCUACAGCUUCAGCUUCUGGUUAAUGUUUCGUCAGCAGCUGAAAGAGAGACAGGAGGAGCAAAGUUUAAAAGAGCAAUCUAUAGAAGAAGUCAAAGCUGUGUUGAGUAAGCCACUCUCUAAUGUUUUCAUACAUAUUACAACUGUCCAUUCAGUUGUAGUCUAGACUAACCUCUCAUGGGUGUUGGGGUAAGGAAACAAUACGAUCUUUUGGAGAAGUUACAUGGCCACCUAUGGAAAAGAAAUAAUUUUAAUGAACCCCUGUAAAUUACCCUGAAAAAAGCCAAGCUACACAACUGACUUAAUUUGAUGAAAUGUUAAAAAUGGUUUCUACUCUCUCUUUAUCCAACUGCUGACUUUCCCCUCCUAUUUUUCUUUGUUUUCCCCAUAUCAGCGGAGGAAAAUCAGCCAUCACCUCUUGUAGCAAUGCUGAUCUCAGGGGUGAAAGGGACACUGGUGAAAUACUGGAUCUUAUUCUGCUGCUCCAUGUUCUUUGUGGUUAGCUUCUCAGGAAAGGUAAGGUUUCUAUUAGAAAAAAAAAUAAAAAAUACACAAAACAGGAAAAUUUCCAACCUCCUUCCCCGUGAAAUAACAAAGAUUUACAACUCCUGAUAGUUUUUGAGAAAAUUCUGCAACAGUAGUUAAAGGUUGAUGUGAGGUUAGAUAUAAAGAAUGUAUUUUACUGAUUACAGAUGAGCUGCAUGUUUGAGCAAAUCAGCUGAGGUCUCUCAGGCAAUGGUUCCGAUAUUUGUUUGCACAGUCUUCCUUGUAAUUUUCAUAACUUUGCAUUUGCCUUUAGGACUCACAUUUUUCUCUGCACUCCUAUAACCUUAACGUCAUGCGUCAUUCAACAUUGCAUCUCAUGCAUUUGAACAAAAAAAUCUGUAAAACACUGAGAGAAAUGCAUUAUACAAUUCUAACUUGCAAUCUAGAAUAAUGGAUUUGCAUGGCGUAUAACUGCUGUCUGUAGUCUGUUUGGGGGUUGGUUGCCCAGACAGUUGUCGGCAGAUUUUUUCCCUUAAGCAAAUGAAAUUGAGCCACAUACUAAAUUGAUCGUUUUUUUGUGUUUUAUCAUCUUAAGGUGGUGGUCUACAAGAUCCUCUACAUUGUUCUUUUCCUAUACUGUGUUGUCCUGUACCAGGUUAGUGAUUUUUUUUCCGAGGUAAGAUACUGAAUAUUUUCUGCCAGGUUUGUUAUUUUAGAGAGGUGGUCAUUAAAAAACAGCAAAUGUGUAGUUCCAUUAUCUUCUGAAGACAAGGCUUCAGACAUUCAGUUUCUUAAGUGAGACAAGAUCUGUUAAAGGAGUUAAGAGUAGCACAGAGGCUAUUACGAUGUUUGACUCAGAAUCGACUCGUCUAUUCGACAAAUCACAUUAAUGGUAUAGUAGUUGAAACUCAUACCCUUUGAAAUUCCACACAAUGAAUCUACUCAGUAAUCAGUCAUAACUUAGCUGUAAAUCAGAGCAUAUAUAUAUAUAUAUAUAUUCACACACACACACACGCACGCACACACGCACACACGCACACAACCUAGAAUAGAUUAAUUGAGGCCACUGUAACGUUAAGAUCCCCAGUAUACCAGAACCCAGCAUUCUGUAAGCCUCCUUCACUGUUGCCAUACAAGAAAGAGGUGUUUCUUUCUAUAAAAUGACAAAUUUGCUGUUUUAGGGAGAUUUACUGUCUGCUGAUGUAAGGAUUUGAGCAAAAGUCUAAUAUUGAUUCUGCUGAAUUUUUAACGAGAUAUACAGAGCACCCUGGAGAUUACUUCCACACACGUAAACCUUGCAAUCUGAAACUUUGCUGCUGUAUAGUACUGAUGCCCAAGAUUUUAACUCAAGACUCGUUUUACAAUCCCACCUAUGUAAAAAUUGGCUUUAUUAGUCUAGGUUUACAAGCAAUGCACUGAGAAGGAGACCUGAACGAGGACACAGAUGUCAGCAGAAGUCCUGUCCACCACUCUGAAAUGAAAAUGUUUAAUUUAACGUGAAGUAUAACAGAUAAGCGAGCUAAUAUCAUAACUUGACUGUGAAUUGAAAUGUUCAGUUUAAUGUUAAUUCAUUUCACAAGAAGCUGAUGAGAGUCUGUUGCCGUGGAAGCGUAAUGAGCCGUGGAAAUGGAGGAUUUACUUUCUACCCGUUUAAAUAUCUCUUCAUCAAAUCAACUAAAUCAACAUUUUGAGUCAGCUUGGCUGUAUUUUUAGUUGGUAGCCAAGUACUGUAUAGUGAGGAGGUGGUUACAAAAGAGGAAUCCCUUCAGGGUGAGUGAGUAAGACCCCUCUGCUUAUUGUAGGGUCCCAUUCACCCUGUUGAGAUUCUACUUUGCAUUACCAUCUGCUCAGCAUAUAUAAACCCUUUCAUAAAAAAAACAAAAGUACCAUUUACAGAGUAGAUCUAGUCCCCAACAUACACAGCUGCUGUCAUCUUCUGUGAACUACUUCACAGCAUCAACUCAAGAGCAGUGCCAACCUGUUUCAUUUCCUGGUUCAGUACCCUUAACUCCAAAUAAACCAUACUAAAAAGACACUGAAAGUGAAUUGCUCUGUUUUACAUGUACAUUUUAUUUCUCAAUCUAUAUUGCUCACAUAGUCAAGAAGAUAAUGUGGUUUUGAUAUAGCAGGAUUUUAUCAGCAGAGAAGGAACAUUUCUUAUUAAAGUUGAGCUGCUGCAUAACACAAAAAGGCAAAACAGUUUCAUCUAACACUGUGAGGUGUUGAUGCCUAAAUUAUCUUCAAUAUUUCAGAAAAGCUUUGGCUUUUACACAGUCUCUGGGAAUACAUGCACUAAAAGUCUGUAUUCUGCUUAUUGAUCCAAUUUUAUUGUUAAAAGUAUUGAUUAAGUGUCGUAAACACAUACACAUUUUUGCUGCUGUUUUUCCUGUUUUCUCCUAAAUCAUGUUUCUGCUGACCUUUUAGAAACACAGCAGACAGUUACAGGAAGGCCUAAUGGCUGUGAUGGGGACAGAAUAUAAGACAAUGCCAUGAGCCUUGUUCAAAGCAUCUUAAAUGCACAGUUCAAAGCACAAUAAAAAGGAAAUUAUGGUACCUACCUACCUACCUACCUACCUACCUACCUACCUACCUACCCACCCACCCACCUAUCUAUCUAUCUAUCUAUCUAUCUAUCUAUCUAUCUAUCUAUCUAUCUAUCUAUCUAUCUAUCUAUCUAUCUAUCUAGCUAUCUAUCUAUCUUAUAGAUGAACACUGACUGCAGAAGAUUGGUUACUGCAAAUAAUGCCCAUAUUACAGUUUUUCUCAGUCACUUUGGUGCAUUUUUUACGUCACUUUUAACAUUUGCUCAACAGUUAGUGCAUUUCUUAAAACAGUAAGUUUGAACUGCAAAAUCUAGUUGAUCACCUGCCAAAGCGGGUCGCUUACUCAAAAUGGAGAGUUUGUUCCUGAAAAGCUAUUAUUCAUAUCAAUGAAAGUGUUCAUAUCAUCAUUAUAAAACCCCACCCACAGGCUGAAAAAAUCAUAAUCCACACAGGCACUAACGACAACUCCAAACAGCAGUCCGAACUUCUGAAACAGGAUUUUCACUACCUGUUCCACAUUGGCUGUGUCUCAAUUCAGAGACUGCAUACGGCUUAGCCCACUUAAGCGUGCUCAGCCGUAACCUCAGGAGAAUUAAGUCAUAAAGUAAAUAAAGUCAUAAAGCUGCUUUGGUAGAGGGGGAAAUGGCUGGAGCUGGUCAAUUACAGGGUUAUCUGUGGAUGCAUCAGCGAGCCAUUCAGAGAGCUUUUGUGGUUUUUCAAGAAACAAUCCAACUGAUGAUCAACAUUUGUGAUCCAGAGGGAGUCGAGCUUUGAUGAGCACCACAUCUCUGGCACAGGCGGUAACCUACACCUGCAGAGACACCAACGCCUUAUUAUGGCAUAUUGGAUUCAUAUCAUAAAAUAAAGCUCAAUACCAUUCACGGCUAUUUACGGCUGCAUUGACGGAUUUAUCUGCAGCAUAUCCAUUUCUGCCUCCACAAAAGCAGCGAUUUCCUCCAAGUCCACCUGUUUUCUCUGGAGAAAAGAUACAUUUCUCGAAAAGUCCUUAUCAGUCCUCUUUAAAGUCCUUAUACCUAUGACAAUGUAAUGCUGAUGUGCCAAAGGAUAAAGUUUCUCCUUGUUUGUGAAACAUAUACUGAAGCACAGUUCCUUCAAAUGCUCCAUGGCCCUAAUUUUAACAACUCUCCUUUGAAAUAACAGGUAACUUUACAACUUUAUUCUCAUAAGUUAUUGACUUUAUUCUUGUAAAUUUACGACUUUAAUCUCGAAGUCUUUAAAAAAAAAAUCUCAAUGUGGCCCUCAUACUCUGUCCUACAAAACAUGCAAUCAUUGGAUGAAUUUUGUGGAAAUGAUCUGUAAAGUCCUUUCCUCUUUUUGGUCACUUUGUUGUAUUUAGUAACUCCUGUGUGCUUGUACGUAUGUAUUGUUUUGUGUCUGUGUCUUUUGUUUUGUGUCUGUAUUAUAUGUAUGCAAGGUCGCACAAUUAAAAAAUAACUGCUGUGCUCCGCGGCUUUUCUUCAAGUGAGUCAUGAUGCGAGCCUGAGGGCGGGGACAUUUGGCGACUCAACCAGGAAGUGCUCCGAAGGGUAGACCGUCCCAAUUCACAAAAGUCGAACCACCUCACCCAGGGUACUCAAGUCCAAAGAAGGGCAGUUCGCUCAGCUGAGCGCGCUCAAGUGCAUGCAGUCUCUGAGAUGAGACACAGCCAUUGUUAAUCAGUUCAGAGCGCAAGUUUACAUUUCCGGCUCCACUCCCACCCGUGGAAAGGCUGAGCCUCAACACCUAGCUGUCCUCUGUUUGUGGUGUCCACAAUAUGGGCUUCAUUGACAAUUUUAAUUUAUUCUUGGGUCAGGAGGCAUCUGUUUGGGGCUGAUGGACUCCACCUCAACAUAGCUGGUAUCUGUCUGCUGUCUUUUAAUCUGGCUUAUGGUAAGCAAUCAACAUUCUGCCCCUCUGAGCCUGCACUUACUAAUCAGCCUGUUACUAAUUGAUGUCCCCCAGGUCCCAGUUCCUAUGGUUUUAGUUCCACCUCUGACUACUCUGACACAGUACUGGACUUGGACCCUCUGUUUUCACCCAUUCCUGUCAUCAUUACUCAUCAUAAGAAAACCAGACUCCAUCAAGUUCACUCUGUGAACUUUAAUAACCUCAGACCUCUCCCAGAACAUCAACAGUCCACCCAUACAGUCUGUAAAUCACUGGUCACCAUCAACAUGGCACUUUUAAAUAUUCACUCUCUUUUAAACAAAUCCUUUAUUAUCCAUGAGCUGAUUUUAGACAACGAGGUUGAUUGUUUAUUCUUAACUGAAAUGUGGCUGGGUACAGACCCUCCAUCAUGCAGUCAUGUUUAACAGUCCCUUAAUUCUCUGUAUUUCUGUUUACAGACCACCAAAACAUGAUGCUCCUUUUAUCAGUGAAUUUUCUGAAUUUUUAGCAAUAAUCCAUGCCACUUACAAUUUUAUUAUUAUAUCUGGUGAUUUUAAUUUACACAUAGACAAUCCAUCUGAUUACAUGGCAAAGGAGUUUUUAAAUCUACUGAGUUGCUUGGAUUUUAAACAACAUGUCACACAGCCAAAUCAACAGAGGACACACUUUGGAUCUAGUCCUCAGCUAUGGCCUGUAAGCCAGUGUGUCCUCUGUCGUUGACCUGGCUGUGUCAGACCAUUAUUGUGUGUUUUUUUAUAUCACCAGCUUUAUUCAGCGGUAGACCUCGAUGUCAACUGUCAGGGAAUUUUAUUUUACCUCAGAAGUGGCUGCAAACCUUAUUGAAAUCUUGAGCAAGCAUCCCUCAGCUACUUUACCUGCCUCCUGAGAUUUUAUUGAUCAAAAUUUUAUCAACAAACUUGAAACAACACUUGACCUCAUAGCUCCACUGACAACAAAAAAGGUACUGCCUAAGCGCACAUCUCUGUGGAGAAAUGAGGAAAGAAAAAAAAAUGAAAAGAAAUUGCAGGGUAGCUGAACCGGGAUGGAGUUAAUCAUCAAAUAUACUGUGGGCAACUGAAAAUUUACAAUUCUGCUCGCAGGCAGGCAAGAUCCACCUAUUUCACUGAUAUAAUCAUGGAUCAUAAAAAUAACCCUAAAAUCCUCUUUAGUACUAUUGAUCUUUUAAUCAACCUGGUUUUUAAUAAAGAUCAGAUCACUCCUUCAGACACUUUGUGAAGGUUUUACAGACCACUUCAGGGGUAAAAUUGAUUCUGUACGUUUUUCUAUUGUAUCUAUUCAAAACACUGUGUCUAAUACAGUAGAAAGCUUGUUUUUACCUGAGGAAACACGGGACAGUUUUUUCCUGGUUGAUGCUGAGAUGCUUGGUAGAGUUUUCUCCCAAGUAAAACCAACAACCUGCCUUUUAGACCCAAUUCCCACAUCACUUUUUAAAAUGUUUUAUGGUUUCUUUGAAGGCGAGCUUUUAAAUAUAGUGAAUUGUUCCCUUCGGACAGGCUCUUUCCCUGCUGCCCUUAAAACGGCUGAAGUGAGACCACUUCUGAAGAAGAACAGUUUGGACCCUCAUGUUCUUAUUAACUACAGACCAGUGUCCAACUUACCAUUUUUAAGCAAAAUUUUUUGAAAAACUUGUUUUUAUUCAGUUGAAUGAUUUUUUAAAUAACCGUUGCAUCCUAAAGAAACUUCAAUCUGGACGUACCACAGUACAGAGACUGCACUACUGAAAAUUGUUAUUGAUCUUAGGUGCAACUUGGACUCACACAAGCUUACAGUCCUUGUGCUACUGGAUCUAAGCGCUGCUUUUGAUACAGUAGAUCACACAAUUAUUUAAAAUAGACUAAGGCACCUUGCAGGCCUCUCUGGUAGUGCCUUUCAAUGGUUUAACUCCUAUCUCACAGAUCGUAAAUUUCUUGUAAGUUUGGACACAUGCUCUUCAGGAAUUCAUAGCAUUAAAUAUGGUGUGCCCCAAGGGUCAAUCUUAGGUCCCGUACUAUUCAAUUUAUAUAUGCUCCCACUGGGAGAUAUCAUCAGACGCCAUGGUAUCACUUUUCACAGCUGAUGACACACAGCUGUACAUAUCCAUGUCUCCUGAUGACACAGGGCCAAUUGAUGCCCUUUUUAGCUGUAUCCUAGACAUUGAAUCCUGGAUGGCAGAAAACUCCCUACAGCUCAACCAGGACAAAACUGAGGUUUUAAUUAUCGAUCCUAAGGCUCAGGAAGAGAAACUUUUAACAAAACUGAAAACCCUGUCUUUAAUUCCAUCAAAUCAGGUAAAAAGUCUGGGCAUCAUCGUUGACUCUGAGCUGACUUUUAUUCCACAUAUUAAAAACAUAACAAAAACAGGAUUUUAUCAUUUAAAGAACAUAGCCAGAGUCCGCCCCUUUCUCUCCCAGGCUAACACAGAGACGCUAAUGCAUGCUUUUAUCUCUAGUCAUCUUGACUAUUGUAACGCCCUGCUUUCUGGUCUUCCAAAAAGAAACAUCUCAAGUUUACAAGUGUAACAAAACUCAGCAAAACUUGUGCUGACGAAGACCAGAAGGCAGGCACAUGUUACACCAUUUUAAAAUCACUGCGUUGGCUCCCUGUGUGUUUGAUUUGAUUUGAUCAAAAUGAAAAAUCCUAACUCCUUUGUUUAUGAACAAGGUAGUCAACAGGCUUUGUCAUUUUUUCAUUAUGACAGUUCACUCUGUAAGUGUUUUCAAAUGAAAAAAAAAAAUACAGUCAGAUCUUGGUGACACUAUCUGAAAAUGCUCAAGACAGCACUAUACACUGUUUGCACAGCCAUUUGAAAGCUACAGUAAAGUUACACAUUACUGUAUUUACAGUUUUUCUCUGUCACGUUGGUGCAUUUCUUAAAUCAGAAUUAAACUUCUCAUAACUGUUAGUUCAACCUCCACAACAUUCAGCCAUCUGUGCACAUCAUAGCAGCAGUUUAUCAUUCCUUCCACCAAAUUGCAAAUGCUUUUGGACAUGUAUCAGCUACUUUCAUACAAUUCUCUUCUGUUUCAUAACAUUAUCAUCUGCUUUUGUCAUGUCAUGCUGAAUGCUGAAUAGUCACUGCCUCUGGAAAAAUAGUCCUCAUUUCACUGCUUGAGUCAUUACAUACAAAAAUGUUGAAGUAUUUAUCAAAGUCUGUUAGAUAGAUUUUAAACAUUUCUUUAUACAUUUUUUCCUGAAAAUGUCUCUGACCUAAAAUUAACUAUUUCUCUCAGGUGAACCUCAGCUUUCACUGAGGAGGGCUGCGUAAAGUAUUAGAUGCAACCACUGAUAAGCCACUUCUACACAGUCACUCAGAGAUGAAUCCCAUGAACCUUCUCUUGGCUAACAUAUAUGAACUGAGCAGGGCAUAGUGUGUACCAUUUCUGCAAUACUGUGACACAGAAAUGGAAGGUCAGCAUGGUGAAAAAGGGCUGAGGAUGCUGGGAGGAAGGGGAAGGGGACAAAACAAAAGAAGAGGAAGAAGAGGCCAAGUGAUGAAAUUACAGUUUUUCGCAGUCACUUUGGUACAUUUCUGAGAUCAGAAUGAAAAUUCUCACAGCUAUUAGUUUAACCUCCACAACACUGAGUCAUUUGUGCACAUCAUCGUAGCAGUUUCUCAUUUCUCUGAACAAAUUGUAAAUGCUCUCGGACAUGUAUCAGUUACUUUCAGACAAUUCUCUGCUGUUUUUUAAAAUGAUCAUUUGCUUAUGUCAUAUCAGUCAAAAUGAAACAUACUUAUGAAAGCUGAAUUUGCAUUCCCUUUAAAACUAAUAGUCCUCAUUUCAUUGCUUGAGUCAUUACAAGCAAAAUUCUCGAACUAGUUGUCAAAACCUGUCAAGCUGAUUUCAUGCAUUCUUUUUAUCAUUUUUUCCCCUGAAAAUGUCUCCUAAAUUGAACAAUUGCUCUUAGGUGAACCUCAGCUUUAACUCAUGAGGAGGUGUGUGAUGCAUUAGUUGUUACCAAUGUCAAGCCACUUGUCCACAGUCACUCAGAGCUAAAUCCCAUAAACCCUCCCUGGGCAAGCAUAUAUAAACGAAGCAGGACAUGUGUACCAUUUCUACAAUUCUGUGACACAAAAAUGGAAGGUCAGCGUCAUGGAGGAGGGGUGAGAAUGUGGUGAGGAAGGGGACAAAGCAGGGGCAAAGGAAGAAAAGGUGAAGUACAUGGGCGAAUCCCUGAUAAAAUUAGGGCUACACUUGUGGACCAUGUUGUCAAUCACGGCCUCACUAUGGCUGAGGCAGGUUGACGGGUGCAACCAAAUGUAGGGAGAAUCACUGUGAAUCUCCAGGAAAAAUAUAUGUUCAGUUUACAGUAAUAUGUACCUUUAUAUUGUUUAUAAUUGUGCACAGUUCUACCAAAAUGGUAUUUCUUACGUUUGUUCUAAAUAAGUGACUGUGAAAUUUUUGUUUUGCACAAUGCUGUAGAAUUGCAAAGAACAUAUGCAGUAAAUAUGUGAAACAUACAAGUGUCUUGUAUUCAGUUACCUGACUUAAUACAGUAAUGUGUAACUUUACUGCAGUUUUCAAAUGGCUGUACAGGUAGUGUAUAGUGCUGUCUCGAGCAUUUUCAGGUAGUGUCACCAAGAUCUGACUUUUUUUGCACAGGAAAACACAGAGAGAGGAAAGUGUCAUAAUGAAAACACGACAAAGUCAUUUGACUGUCAUGUUCAUAAACAGUGGUGUCAGGACUGAUUAUUUUGAUGACACAGACAGUUUCAUUGACAUGAAUACUUGCUUUUGAGGAAUCAACUAUUGAUUUUGAGCAAAUGAUGCGCUUUUGCAGGUUAUCCACUUGGCUUUGCAGUUUGUACUUAUUGUGCUGAGAAAUGCACCAACUGUUGUGCAAAUCUUAAUAGUAAUGUGAGAAAUGCACCAGAGCAACUGAGAAAAACUGUUGAGCUACAAUUGUGGACCAUUUUGUCAAUCACAACCUCAGGAUGACUGAGGCUGUGUAAGGGUGCAGCCAAAUGUUGGGAGAAACACAGUAAAUACGAUUACUCAAACACUUGGUCAGGAGAACAGGUGUGUAACUAAAAUAAAAAUGAAAAGUAAAAUUUAAAAAAAAGAUUUUAACAACCAGGAACAUAACAUUUACCUUAACUAGAUGGUCUAAUUCUCAAAUUAAUUUAAACCUAAAAUAAGACUUCACACACUGUCAGUAUUUACACAAUUGAAAGGUAGUUUUAUAAAUAAACUUUUAAAAAUCCCUUCUCAAAGUAAUUUAUAAAGCACAACAGAUGUAGAGCUGAACUUUUUUCUUUCUUUCUUAUUUUGGCUUGUUUUUUAAUUUUUUUUGAUAGCAAAUUAACAGCUCAAAAAUCUUCUUUCUCUCCUCUCCUAUCUUAUUUCUCUCACUCCUCCUUACUCCAUUCUCUUUUCUCUCCACUCCACUCUACAACAACAGUCUCCUGUUUCCCUUUGCAAAAACUCUCACAAAUUUAUCCCUGUCCAAGUUAUUUGCUAUGGACUUCUCAUGGGCAAAGAUCACAAAAAAAAAAAAAAUAAUAAUAAUAAUAAAUAAAAUAAAUAAAAUAAAAGAAUUUUCUUUGUCACACUAUAUGCAAAAUAGAUUUUUUAUGCUGAAUUAUUAUGAUUAUUAUGACAGCCAGGGAUAUGUCAAUGAUCACCAGCAUUGUUCCAUCAACAUUUUACUACCAUUGCAAUGAACAGGACAUUGAUUUCCAAAAAUAAACAGCAGCUAACUUAGAUUUAGCAACAAAAAAAUGUGUGUCAGACAGACAGUGAGUCACAGAGUGAGACAGACCGAUUAUUGUUACCUACAAAUUCAAGAGGCUCAAAAAUAUUGUAAAGUUAAAUGAUAAGAUAUAAGAUAAGAUAUUCAUUUAUUAGUCCCACAAUGGGAAAUUAUCAUUACAAAACCAAAUAGAUAAAAAAUAAGCAAAGGAGGAAUAAUUUUCAAAUAGUAGCAUAAUGACUAAAGUUAUUCUCUUGACAGUUAAUGAUGCUUUUGGACUCCCCCCCAGGUCCGUUAUGAUGUGUGGCGUCGGCUUCUGAAGACAUUCUGGGCGGUAGUUGUUGGCUACUCCAUGGUGGUAUUAAUAGCCAUCUACAUGUACCAGUUCAGGAGUGUGUCUAGUCUGUUUAGACAGAUCAUGGGCAUGUCAGAGGAAGGGUGAGUCUUUUUUGUUUGUAUGUGUUUUAUUAUUUAACUUUUUUAAAUGAAGCACAAAAAUGUACCGCAAUGUAAUGCUAAAUUUCUUAGGCCUGUUUUCUUAAGUUAUCAUCUGUCCCUUUAUUAGUCUUCGGGACCUUGGCUUGGAGCAGUAUGACACAGUGGAACUGUUUGCACGCAUCCUGCUUCCUGCUGCAUUCCUAUUGGCCUGUAUCCUCCAGCUACACUACUUUAACUCAGACUUCCUGAGUCUCACUGACCUUGAAAAUGUACCUGUCAGACAGGCCUCCAGGUGAGACUGUAUGCAUAGAGUUUAUGCAUUAUUAAUGAAAUGUCAGCAUUUCCACCUAUAAACCUAUUUAGCCAUGGGUUAACAUUUAAAAGGGGCUUAAGCAGUUGCAGCAGUUGUGGUGUAACUGAUUACAUGUAGAUGGCUGUGAAGAAUGACUUCCUGUGAUGCUUUGUGAUGCAUUCAGGGGGAACGAGUCUAGCACUGAAUGUGCUCCUGUGUUUCAUCAGCAUGUUUUGGAAGGGGUGGUGGACUCUGUCCAAGAUUUCUUGUAAUUUUGACAACAUCCACCUCUCUGUCUUCACCAUCUGAGAGUCCAGCUCUAACCCCACAAUGUCACUGGUCUUGAGAAUAAGUUUGUUAAGUCUGUUGGCGUGUGAUACCCUCAGUCUACUGCCCUAGCACACAACAGCAAACAGGAUUGCAUUGGCCACCUCAGACUCUUAACACAUCCUUAGCAUAGUCCUGCUGAUGUGAAAGGUCCUCAGCCUCCUGAUGAAGCACAGAUGGCUGAGGCCCUUCUUGUAGACUAAUUCAGAGUUCUUAGACCAGCCCAGUUUGAUGCCCAACUAAGGGCAAGGGGACCUCUUUACAGCCAUAAAGACCCCCUCCCCCAUCCCCCGCCUCUCCCCCUUAGUUAGGCAGCUCACAUAUUGUGUGAAAAUAGUCAGGGUUUUUGCCACGGUGACAUGACUGAAGUCCCCCGAGAUAAUGAAGAGGGCACUUGGGUGGUCUGUCUGUGGCAGUGGUGUGUACAACACUGCACACUGUUGUUGGUUUAGCUUCAAUAGCAUAAUUCAGACCACAGUGGGAGGAUCCAGGCUAUACUAGCUGAACUUCAGUAAGCCACUGCUGGGGAAUUUUUUAAACCAGUAAUGGCCUUUAGCUGAUAUAGAAUACAUAAUUUACUACUUACAUGAUUACUUGAGUGCACACACUGUGAUAUCCAUCUGUUGCUGUGGCCUUAAAAUCUGCAUAAAGUACACAUCCGUGACUGAUGCCAUGAACUAUUGCUUUUUCAUUUACUAACAAACCACUUUACCAAUGGCUACAUAUGUUGUUUGUCUAAGUGAUUGUCUCUUGUUUGAUCCAUCAUUCUCACUCAGAGAAGAAGAGCUCAGGAGUUCAGUCAGUGUGAUAUCUGAGACGUAAGUGCCACAUCUAUUUGUCAAUCUAUGUUUGUUGCAGUUAAUGUAUAUUUUAAACAUUUUUACUUUACAUGUAAAAACCAGUCUUUACUGUUUCUUGUGUUGUUACCUAUCAACAUAGUUGGUUUGAACUAAAAGUAGCUGAACACACUGUAUUGUACUGUUUGUGAGAGGCACAGUGCUCCAAAGAGCUAUGUGAAUAAAAUUAACUGUUAUUCAUAUACAGAGGAGAUUCUGAUAAUUGAUUUCACAAUAUUUUCUGUAAUAUUGUAAAACCGUCUAAAAUUUGGAUCUUUGAGUCUUUUUUCUUUUUUUUUUUCAGAAUCAAAGAAAAUCUUGCAAAACUCAAGAAAAGGUAAGAAUGCCUCUUAAGAUCAUGAUGCACACUGUUAUAAGAUUGGGUAGAUUUUUUUUUUUGAUUUUUUUUUUUAAGGAACGGGGCAAUUCCUUAGACCUACAUUAUUUAGUUGAAUGUUGACUGGUAAAAAUGUCAUGCAGCCUGACACAGAACUCCCACCACAUGAGAUCCAUUUGCAUUUCUCCAAGUCUCUUUUCAAAAUCCGUCAAGGUUUUAAAACACCUCUUUUCCUAGGCUUGUCAAAGAGCAGAUGGGAAAUGGAAAAAGCAAGGAGACUCUGGACAGCAUUGGGCUCCAAACCUCCCAAGACAAAGAAGCUGAGGGACAGGAGGAGCUGUCAAGAGAGGGUAAAUACAGCUUGAGACCAAAAAUGGUUCUUUUGCCUGUUUUUGCCUGAAUGUUUUAGUUAUAAAUCUCAGAUUGCCAUUAUUUGCUGUCAGAUCAACAUUGUAUGACAAGUGCAGCAGUGUUAUGUUCAUUUAAGGUCUGAUGUUCUUACUCCUCCUGUUACUAUCUCUUCCUCCCAGAGCCUCUUCACAGCGAUUGUGAGGACAAGUGGGUUGUGAUUGUGGAUAGAGCAAGCGUCCUGCUAAUCCAUGCACUGUUAGGACUCAAUAAGUUCCAAGAGCAAAGCUGGAGACUAUUGGAGCUUCACAGCCUUAAAAUUGUUUCCUCUGGCAUCAUUUGGGUGUCCCUGCAAGAGGUGGGGUUUGGCCUGUAUGAUCUAUGUAUGUAUAAAGUCACGUAAUUGAAAAAGUGUGGACAUGGGCUUGUUGACUAUUUGUUCAACAGAAAAAAACAUGGGUUUCCUGUACUCUGUGCACACUUGACAUAAAACUGUUUCUUUAUGCAAUAUAGCUGCAAAUUUUCAAUGCCAGAAGUUGAGUAAAUUCAGAUAAGAAACACUUUUUUUUCAGCCUUUAGCCAAAUUGUUGACAUUUUCUGCUUUGAGAAAAUCUGUGACCAGUUUUGUCAAUUUUACUCACAUUGUGCUCUCUUAUAUAAAAAGAUAAAAGUUGUAAAUGACAUUUAACAGGUAUCUCUGAUGAACCUGCUCUUCCUGGUUCUGUGGGUUUUUGCACUCCCAUUUCCACGGCUACGACCUUGGGCAUCCAGCAUUUCUGCUGUGUGGGCCUGUGUCAUGGUGGUGUGUAAGAUGUUUUACCAGCUCAAAAUAAUCAAACCCCUUGAUUACGCCUCCAACUGCACAGCUGUGAGUAUCCAUAACUAUGUGUUUGUAAUAGUAAUCUUGCACUCCAUACUUUCAUGUCUCUGUUGGGUUUAACUGUCCUGUGCACUUUUCUUUGCUGUGUAAACUUGCAAUCAUCUUUCAUAUAUCUUUUGUUGAAAAUUACAAGCAAAAUUUCCACCUAACAAAUAUUUAGCAUUUUUUAUUAGGGCCUAAUACCAUCCAAUAGCACAGAUUUAGAUGAUGGAGUGGAGCUACGAGGGAACCUGUUGGAGUUGCUUAGGAGAUCUAUUCUCUACACUGAGCCCGUAGACCCUGUCUACUGGUGUGGAGCGCUGCGUAAAUGUGAAGGCAGGAUUCUCCCAUGUCUGCGGGUAUGGUCUAAAACUUUAUUUAUAUGGGUGGGUUCUAAUGAUGCAAAUGUUUCGGUUUGUCUGUUUUCUUACCAUGUUUCAAUUGCUGUUACGAUAGAGAUGAUGCAUAAGAUCUUGCAAAAAAAAGAUAGUUUGAGAUAUCCUGAUGGCACCACCCUAACCUGAAAGGCUCAGCAGCUUCUAAGUCUUUUGAGAAAUACUUGCUUUGUUUCUUUUUUGUCAAGAUUUUCAUUCAUCCACUAAAAUAGAAUAACAAGUGAUGGUGCAAAAACCCCUUUCUCAUCCCUUUUCACCACUACAAAAUAUCUUUUGGUGUGAAUUGUUUUUUGCACUCUGUCUACUAUGGUUUCCUUGCUCCCUAAAAGGAAGAGAAAGGUGCUGGAUGUAUUCCCAAAGAAUUAAAGGUCUAUUCUGGCGUAAAAUUAAUGUAGGGUGAAACAAACCGUAUCAUCGAGUUAGACACCCCGUCAAGAGAUGAAUGUUGCCGACUGCUUGCUUCUCCAGUUAUACCAACUUAAGUAAAGAUGGCAUGAUCGCAUUACACAGUGGUCUCAAGAGCCACACACAAACCUCAACCAAAACGCCACUCUGUAGCCACAAAUAAUGCUCAGAACAGCACCGAACUUCAUCAACAGGACAUAUAGGGUCCCAGCCAUAGUACUAGCUAUCAAACAUCUCUAGCUUUGCCUGAUUUCUUUAGCAAAGAGACUAAACACAACUCACCUACUCUCUUUUAGCAGCCGCUUGUUUGUAGCGAGACCUCGGGCCAGUCCAUUACGGACUGCAACGGGGUGACACAGCUCAAGGAGGAACAUUUAUGAUCAUUAUUGUAUCAUUUCCUCAAAGUAAUGAUCAUCAUAUUAAUCCCUUUUUACUGCAGAUGCGGUAGUUCAUCUGCCUUAGCGUCUUGGUCUGAUUGCAUUUCCAUGAAGAUAUGAUUCAAGAAUUCAUUCAAGAUUUUGAAACGGUUUCAGUCUCAGUAUCCCCACACUCCCCCCUCCUUUUCUCUAAACGAGUAUUCUGUGUUACAGAACCACCUGAUGGUGCUGGGAUUACUGGUUUUUGAAGCAACUGUCCAGAGGCACCAGCUCUACUUCCGCCUUCGUAACGAUCUCAAGCCCCCACCCUUUAGCAUUAUCUUUCAAGGCAUCACGAGGCAGCACCUUGACCAUGGCAUUCUGCCUUGUAUCAAGUACUUCAUCAACUAUUGUUUCUACAAGUUUGGACUAGAGGUGCUUUUACAGACCAAAGUUUUUUCUUUUUAAUCUCUAUUGACUUUAAAUGUGUCUUACAUACUAUACCACUUGCUGACUGAUACUGUUUUCUUAGAUCAGCUUGAUUGUGGCGGUGAAUGUAAUUGGUCAGAGGAUGGAUUUCUAUGCCUUGCUCCACUCCUGCGCUCUAAUGGCUGUGCUGUCACGGCGACGCAGGAAGGCGAUAGGAGAGGUGUGGCCGAAAUACUGCUGCUUCACUGCUGGGCUCAUGGUGCUGCAGUACCUGCUCUGUGUUGGCAUCCCUCCUGCUCUCUGUGUUGGUAUGGAUUUUAUAUUGAUGUGUGAAACUUUUGUAUAGAGGAAUGUCAUCAUUUCAUUUACAUUAUUAUAAUGUAAUAAUAAUAUCAUAAUGUUUGAUACAUCCAUGUAUUGGCAGUGUUAAGAAAUGGUUCACAACAUGCAAAAAGCAGAAAGAAGCUUAGAUAAUUCAAUUAGAUCAUUUAGAAAGCUUAACUGUCCAACAAACUAUCUGAAGCCAGAGGAUAUUAAGUUACGCUAAAAUAAAGAUUAAAAAAAUAAAUAAAUAACAGAUCCUUGCAUUUUGGAAAUUUAAGGCAUAACUGUUAUAUGUCCAAUGUAAAUGAAUUAUCUAUUUCUGAAGCAGUUUCUAGUUAAAUCUGUGUCUAUGAAUCUGAAGUAGAGAAACCAGCUAAUUUCUUUCUUGUAAUUUAAUCUUCUUAUGUUUUUUUGUCUUCAUCUAUUGACAAUUUGGCUUUCAAAAUUUAAGGUAAUAUAGGAUAGCAGUUUAAUAUCUGAAAGGUAACGGUAAAAUCAUUUUUUAUGUUCAAAUAAAUAAGUAAGAAAUUAAAAAUCAGAAAUGUAAUAUUAUGACAUUUAUUAGUCAUGAAAUAUUUUCAGGUUCCCCUUUGUCAAUUUACAAGUAGGUUGUUGACAUGUUUCUGUUUUUAACACAACAUUUAUGUCUGUGUUUGUAAAAGUGUUGCAUGGUUGUCAAUAGGGCUGCAACGAUUAGUCGACGUAAUCGAUUACGUCGACGCGACAGAUUCAUUGACACGAAAACGAAGCGUCGACGCGUCGUGUUAUUGUUGUUAAGAAUCACAUGCCGGCACCUCAUGCUCAUCUAUAACUGCAGUGCACUACAGGAUGUGCAGGGGGCAGUAGCGUUCGCUGUUUACAUCCCGCGAGCAAACACAGAAGAAGAGUGCACACAUUAUGGCAGAACAAACUGAAAAAGACGCUCCAAAACGCCGACCCAAAACUUCAAAAGUUUGGGAACAUUUUUCGGAGAACAAACCAAAAAAACACGUCGAUCGAAGCUCAGCUCUCCUACCAUGGCAGCAACACGGCGAUGUAUGAGCACCUGAAACGCCGACACCCCGGAAAUAGGUGUUUAUAAAUAAAGAAGAUAGUGAUUAAUCGUGAUUAAUCGGACGAGUAGUCGGACGACUAGUCGACAAAAAAAUAAUCGUUAGUUGCAGCACUAGUUGUCAACUCUGUCAAAUUGUAUACUUCUCUUUUCAGAUUACCCCUGGAGAACUGCAAUUCAACCUUUGACCUCCAAUGUUAUUAAAUGGUUUUACCUGCCCGACUUUGCUAUGAGACCCAAUCCUCUCUUUAUAUUCUGUGAGUUCAUCUUCACCUCUUCCUGCUCUACCUUGUCUUUGAACCUUUUCAACCCACUGGCCAAUUUUUGACCCCUCACCUCUCCUGCUCACUGCAGAUGACCACCUCCUGUUGCUCUGCUCAUCUCUUCAGUGGCAGAUGUUUGAGGAGGAGAACCGAGCAGCAGUACGACUGCUGGCUGGAGAAAAUGUUGAGAUCAGUCGUAGUCUCGAUCCUUGUUCCUUUAACCAGUACAUACCUGUUGAUAACUUCCUUCAUUGCAGGUCAGACUUUUCAACCUCCUUUUUUUGUUAACAACUCUCCUCUCCAUUUAUGAGACCCACUCUGAAAGUAUAAGAUUAAAGAUAAAAGCAGAAAAUAGCCCAAAUUUUGUGAUUUAGCUUCUGGUGAAUCUUUCCUCUCUCUGUAGGUUACACUGCAUGCUGAGAUUCAGGACUCUAUUGUGCUGAUUUAUGGUCUAUAUGUUAAUUACGGGUUGAAUUAGCAUACCAAUCAACCAUAUGUGUGUGUCAAUGCAAUAAAAUCUGCCAUGGACAACUGGAACAGCUAAAGGCAGCAAUCACAGACAUCUAACAUUUCCUUGACAAGCAUGUGCCAUCUUUUGUGCUCUAUAUCAGAGUCUUUCGCAGACUUGCCAUCUUGCCGGUAUCAGAACCGAAUAAAAUGUUGAACAGGAAAUGAAAGCAAAAAAUAUGUUUUUAGACAUUUUACUUGUUAGACAAUCAAUUUUGUUCAUAAUUUUUCUUAAAUAGAAGGAGGUUUUUUUUUAUUAUAAAUGUAACAGGUAUUUAAUGGACUUUUAAUGUCUGCAAAAUAAGGAUAUCUUUUUGCAGACAAUGCAGCCUGUAAUCUUCCAAACACUGAUAAUUCGUGUAGCUGGUGGAAUCUUUGGUCUUAUCCUUUGAAGCCGUAAAUCUGUUGGUGUUUGGAUGCAUGUCACUAUGCUUCUCUUUCAGAGCAGUACAAUAUUCCUCUCUGUCUGCUUGGCAGGAGCUACCUUGACAUGGUGAAGGUGUUUGUGUUUAGCUAUUUCUUUUGGCUGGUGCUUUGCCUCAUCUUCAUCACUGGUACCACGCGGAUCAACAUCUUCUGUCUGGGCUACCUGGUAGCUUGUUUCUACUUCAUGUUGUUUGGCGGCAGUGUGUUGAUGCAGCCUGUCAGAUACAUUUUGAGACUUUGGGACUGGCUCAUUGGAUACACCUGCUUUGUGAUUACCAUGAAGAACCUGCUAUCUGUGAGUUACCACAGUGAGAAAACACUUAACAGUUGUGCACAAAGUAAUUUAGGGCACACAUUGUCUCAUGAAUUAUUUCGUGGUUUGUACUAUUCCUGUGUUUUUGUGAUUAGCUUGGGUCUUGUGCGUACUUGGACAGCCUGCUGAAGAAUGGCUGCUGGUUGAUUCAAGCCUUCAGUAUGUUCUGCACCAUCAAAGGCUACGAUGUUCGUAAGUGUCCUUUGAACCUUGAACCAAUAGUGUAAAUAAAGCCGUUGUUCAGACAGUGAAUUCAUUGAGUAAUUAAAAAGAGGAUUUUCCCUUUGUUUUUUAGCUGAGCCUGAUGAUAAGUGUGAACUACCUGAGGGUGAGGCUGGCAUCGUCUGGGAUGCAAUCUGUUUCGCUGUUCUCCUGGCACAGAGGAGGGUCUUCCUUAGUUACUACUUCCUCUAUGUAGUGGCUGAACUCAAGUCUUCUAAGAUAUUGGCCUCCAGGUCUGUACUUCACUUAUGCUGUAGUCUAGAUCCUUAUGUUUAUGUUGUAAACAAAAAACUGUUGGGCAGGGCAAACUCUACCACACAGGAAAAGGAAAAUUAUUUUAUUUUGAAAAAAGAGAGGCAACCUAGAAAAUCUCUUGUCUGUUAAAAUGGAAGACCAUACCAAUGUAACCUUCACUUUCUUUUGAUAUUUACUUUUUUGCACUUUACAUCAGUUUGUGAUUUAGCAAUAUUUUGACUGAAGCAUCUCGAUCAGGGAGGAUGGAAACAAACUCUUUAAUACAACCUCUUUAUGCAACCAGUGGAUUACAAAAGCCGGUCCAAAUUCAUUACUGUUGUCAUAAUACAUCAUUAAAAGAGGUCACUGACUGCCAGUAAGGGAGAAAAGCUGCAGAAAUAAAAUGAACAGAUACACAGUGCACAAACAGUUCAUGUAAAUAAGCCAUACUUUACUCUUUACCUCUCUCCGCUAGAGGAGCUGAGCUGUUUGAGGCAAAAGUGAAGAAGCUGGUUGCAGCCCGCCUUGAGAUGGAGAAGAAAUCUGUGGAGACACUGAAGAAACAGUAAGAGGAAACAACUAAUAUACAAAAAGCUGGUAACACUUAAUAGGGGUACAAUUUUAUUGUAAAUGAAUGCUUAAUUAAUGUUGAAGAAAGGCAUGACUCAUGUUGAAUUUCUGUUUAAUUCCAUGUGGGAGACAUCAUUAAAUCCUGUUGCUUAUCAUGAAUGAUGACCAAGUUACUAUGGCUUUACAUAAUGAGUACAUGUUUAAUCUAUCACAAAUUAAGGUAUAUGUUACUUCAAACUGUAAAUCAUACAUGACCAAAUUAGUUACUUUGGGACUAUGGAUAGGAUCAGUCUCUCAAAUUGAUACUAGAACUUCAUUUUUUAAAGCUAGGUCAAAAUUUUUUUCGAUUUUUAUUCACAAAAAAAAAAAAAAAAUCAGAACCCUUAUGUUAAGUAUCACCAAAAUGUAUAAUGUAUAUUUUCAACAUUUCAGCUCCCUUUUCCAAAUUCUGACUGUGACUGACGCUCUAAAGAAUUACAGUGACAUAUCUCCUAUGUAUAUCCUCUUUAAAAUAGUUUACAAUUAUCUUGCUUUUACACCCUUUCCCUGAAGGAUGGAGAAAAUCAAAUCCAAACAAAAGGGUAGACCGACAGCAGCAGAGAAACCAGCCCUUCCUGCUGAUCCGGUGCAGGGGACACUAGGUAAUACUGCUUUUAAUGUCUUUACCUUUAGCUAAACCAGCAAAGCUUGCGAGGGAAGUGUAUGAAGUGUACCAACUGUGAGAGGACGCACUAUUAAAGACACACAGGGUUGGAGAAGGACCCUUGGGCCAGGGAAAGACCCUUUCUUCAAAUGUUUUGACACAAAGCCAGUCUACAGAUUUAAUGAAAAGCAGGAGACAUGCAUUUGAUUUACAGGUAGGAUCUGUUUAUUUAUAGUUGCUAAGACUCUCAAGUAAAAAAUACCUACAAGAAAGAGGGAACACCAUUAGUCACAACAAUUAUUAAGUUAGGGUCAUAAAUAAACAAAACCUUCUGAGGUCAAAGACAAACUGGACUCCCUGCAGUUUGCAUACAAAGAACACUGGAGUGGAUGAUGCUGUCCUCUACAUGCUUCACCGUCCCCUGCCUCAUCUGGAGGAACCUGGGGUUUAUGUGAGGAUCAUGUUCUUCGACUUUUCAAGUGCAUUCAACACCAUCCAACCCACCAUACUCAAAGACAGGCUCACAGAGAUGGGAGUGGAUCCUUCCUGUGUUUCCUGGAUCACAGAUUACCUGACAGGAAGGCCACAGUUUGUCAGGCUGGGGAACUGUGUUUCUGGGACAUUAAUGAGCAGUACAGGGGCUCCACAAAGGACAGUGCACCAUUCCUGUUCACACUGUAUACAUCAGACUUCAAAUACAGUACUGAGUCCUGCCACACCCAGAAAUACUCAGAUGACACCGCUAUUGUGGCAUGUAUCAGAAAUGGACAAGAAGCUGAAUACAGAGAUCUGAUAAGAACCUUCAGUGACUGGAGUCACAAAACUGCCUCCUCCUCAACACCUCAAAGACAAAGGAGAUGGUCAUAGACUUCUGUAGAUCCAAACCCCCUCUUCAGCCAGUGAACACCUGUGGAGUGGAGUGUUUUGUUUGUUUUUGUUUCCAAAGGUGGAAACAUACAGAACUUGCAUUUGUAUGUUGUUUUUUUUGUAUGGCACACUACCUGCAAACCCCGCCGUACGUGUGCACUGGUGCAGGCUCACUAUUUAAGGGCUGAACAGUCCACUUGCCCACCGCACUCUGUGGCUUGGGAUGGCCUUCAAUAUGGCAGAGCCUCUGCGAGGACGCCCAAACGGAGGGGGAGUGUGUAGGGCGAGUGUGUAGGGGGCGGUUUGGGAUGGGACCAUAGACUUUCUCAACUGGCUUGUGAUUGGCUGACACUGCCUGUCACAGCCCACAUUUUCUCAAGCCUCCUUACAAAGCAAGGAGGAGAGGCAGAAAUGUGAUCUUCUCUUGGAUCAUUUCAAAUUCAAUACGAUGAAAAGUCAUUCUGAUAUUUUUGAAAAAUUAUAAAAAAAAUUAUUCAGCCUACUGCACCUUUAACCAAAUCUCAAAGAAAUUUAAAUUUUAUGACUAGAAACAUUUCCGAAGAUCAACCUGUGACUAGUGUUUUUUCAGUGACACAAAUGAACUUCUUACUUAUACCAACAGCUGCAUAAGUUUUUUUUUUAACUUUUGAUUUAUUUUUUUUUUUAUUAACGGGGCUAAAAUCUGACAAUAUAUUUAGUUAUUCAACAAACUGAUCUGUUUUCCAGGUGAUGACGAGAAGGCUAUGAAAGAUGCAGGAAAAUGGUGGAAGCCUUGGGUGUCUAAACCAGGAGGUCAGCCCCAACAUCACACAGACUAUUUGCUUAUUGUAAUGCACAAUUAUUAAAAAAAACAUUAGGAAGGAUGAAUAACUACAUGAUAUUUGUAGCCCAGGCUGAAGAAUGAAAAAAAUCCUCCCUCACUUCACAUUGCAGAUUUGCUGGAGCAGCUUUGGGAAGGAUGAGGGGGGCUCAACAGUAGCUAUGCAUUGACGUCAGUCUAUUUUUUUGUACAGUGGAAAACAACUGUGGCUACCACCUGUUUGAAAGUGACAGUGAGGAAGAGGAAGAGGAAGCUCCAGAGAAGAAAGAAGAGGAGGAACCACCAAAGAAAAAGUCUGCUUUCCAGGUAAGGAUUUGGGAGAGAAACAGAAUGUGCACUGGCUCUCCAAGUUUACAUAUUAUGUGCAUUUAUUAAUGUGAAUUUCCCAGUUUGGGAUCAAUAAAAUCUACCUAUCUAUCUAUCUAUCUAUCUAUCUAUCUAUCUAUCUAUCUAUCUAUCUAUCUAUCUAUCUAUCUAUCUAUCUAUCUAUCUAUCUAUCUAUCUAUCUAUCUAUCUAUCUAUCUAUCUAUCUAUCUAUCUAUCUAUCUACUAAUAAGAUCCCAAAUAAUGGGCGCUAAAUUGCAUGUGCAAACCAAAGAAUUGCGCUUGCUAUUAGUUGGCGUGUUGUGGACGAUGUACUAUGAUUGCGUGCACAAUUGAUAACAAGUGCAAAAGUGGUGCGGACCGCCCUAUAGAAAUUAAGAUUUUGCAUGCACUAUCACAUUUUAUACAUGCAAACCUUUGUAAGAUAAGGUCCCAAAGAUGCUCCUGCAAAAGACAAUAAGCUACUGGCAGUUAUACAUGGUGUACAUCCAAUGCCUCUGAUUAUAAAAUCAUAGAUCAGAACAUGUAUCUGUUGUCUCUGAUAUCUCAGUUGGCAUAUGAAGCCUGGGUCACCAGCUCCAAGAGUGCUCUGAAGGACCUUAAGAAGGAGAAGAAAAAAAUGAAAAAAGAAGAGAAGAAGAGGGCAAAGAGAGAGCUACAGAAACAGCAAGGUGAGAGAACAACAUCUGAUUUUAUUUCAAGACACAUAGAAAAGGUAAAAGUGAUUAAGAAUCAUCAUCAGUGGAUGCGGAUUUUUUAUUUGUGGGACUUGGGACUCUGUCUAAAUGACUUUUUUGUUUGUUUUUUUGCUAGGCAUUGAAAGAACAGACUCAAGUGAGGAUGAACUAGAAGAAAGCACUGUGGAAGAAGAGGUGGUUGAGGAGAAGGGUAAAGAAACAUGCUGGAUUUGGUAACCUUUUCAUAUCAUACCUUCAUAAAAAGGAAAUCUCAUAACAAAGACAACUCAGUACAAAAACAGCAAAACAAUCAAUUAAGAGCAGGAAAGUCCUUAAAUGUACCAAUACCUUCACACUCAACUCCAAUCAAAGCAAUGCAUGGCAAGCUUAUUAAUUAAUAUAGCACAUUUUAGCAACAAGGCAAUUUAAAGUGUUUAGCCCAAGGCAUUAAAAGGAUCAUAACAAAGGUCAGAAAAACAGAGAAGGAAACAUUUCAAAAUCAAUAAAAGCUGACUUUUAGCUAUAUUCAGACAAGAAUAAAAAAUCAGAGCAAAAAAAAAAUGAAAUGAAACAGCGAAAAGAGAGGGUUCAAAUAUGACACUCAAAUACUUCUCAUCUUUCUACAGAAAACAUACUGCAACGUGUCAUUAGCACCAUAAAGUUCUCCUGGGUGUUUGUUCAGUCCCUUCUUGAUGACCUAACGGAGGGUCUGAAUUCUUUCUGUAAAGACAACCUGGACAUUUCCAAGGUGCUCCGUUUUGAGAGGGCAUUACUCAACCAACAGCAGAAAAAGGUGAGUGCAAAGCUGAUUAAUGUGAAUCAAAAAUGUGUCAUGGAAAAAAAAAAUCUGCAUCCUACAUGAAACUGAUGUAGUUCAAGGUGUUCAACAUUGUAAAUAUUUCCUAAAUAUUUUCAAUCCCAGCAAACAUUUUCUUUAAAUAUUGAAUUAUUAUUUUUCUCAUCAUCACAAACUGUGGUCUGCGAUCCAGGAAACACAGGAAGGAUCCACUCCCAUCUCUGUGAGCUUGUCUUUGAGUAUGGUGGGUUGGAUGGUGUUGAAUGCACUUGAAAAGUCAAAGAACAUGAUCCUCACAUAAACCCCUGGUUCCUCCAGAUGAGACAGGGCACAGUGAAACAUGUAGAGGACAGCAUCAUCCACUCCAAUGUGUUCUUUGUUUGCAAAGUGCAGGGAGUCCAGUUUGUCUUUGACCUCAGACCUCAGAAGGUGUAGAAUCAGCCGCUCCAGGGUUUUUCAUGAUGUCACAAUAAUUGUGAUGUUAAAUUUAGCUGGGACACUAUAUGUACUGUUGAUGAAGUUAGGUGCUGUUCUGAGCAUUAUUUGUGGCUAUAGAGUGGCUUUUUUGUUGAGCGCGUGGCACUGUGUAUUGCUAUCUGCGGUCGUUACUGAAGUUGGUAUCACUAGAAAAGCAAGCAGUCUGCAACAUUCAUCUCUCAAGGGGGUGUCUAUCUCAGUGUUACGGUGUGUUUGACCAUAACUUAAUUUUACACUGAAAUAUCCCUUUGAGCUGCAAAAAAGUUAUAAUAAUAAUAACAACAACAACAAUAAUAAUAAUUAGAAGUAGUAGUAGUAUUAUAAUAUUUUCAAAAUAGAUAAACAACUGAGCAAACUAAGGGAACACCAUCACAAGGGCUCAACAAGGGAACACAUUUGAAAUAUGUCUACAUUAGAAAAUCACCCAUAGUAAAAAAAAAAGUCAUAUUGAUUAAAUUUUAUUAAUUUAAUAAUUUUGUUAAUUAAAAAGUGAGGAAAAUCUGCCAAAAUACUGCCAAAAACACACCCUUCACAGUAUUGCAGCUGCAUGGCUGCAGGUGUGUCCUGGUCCUGCAGAACAUGAGCAGCCAACUGUGUGAAUUUCACAUGGGACUGGUUAUCAAACCCAGGCAUGGUGAUGUGGGACAUUGAGGCUCUGAUUUGGCUCAUGUCCUCUUUUAACAAAACAUGACCGAACUUGUUGCUGUAUACUGUAAGUACAGAUAAGCCACAGCCUCCCUGUCUACAGCAACAGAGCAGACAAAGUAGCUAAAUAUGCUAGUAUUAUUUGUGGCCAUUUCUUUAUAUUGUCUCCCUCCUACCCCUCGAAUGAGGAGGGCAUUGGAAUGAUAAUAUUGCCCUGUUUAAGGAGUGAUAGAUUAUGUUCCCACAUUGUUUUUAAUCCUCAAUUGCUUUUAAAUUCACGUUGAGCGUACAGUUGCCGAGGAAAAUGUUGACUCCGCAUCAAUUUGAGAAUUAAAUCAAAAGACGCAUCCAUUGUGUAUCCACAGACCAUAGAAGAGUUUUGGCAGACGUGAAUAGGAGCGGUGUGAGUCAGUACUCUUCCUCUUCCUCACUUAAGUACAUGGCAUAAUGGCUGUACCACGCUGAACUAAGAUUGAAUUGUAAAACUGAAUCUGAAUCGUGCGAAUUGAGAUUGAGUGUUUUACCUUUGAAUGUAGGUUGAAUAAAAUUUCAAAUCAAAUAAAUUCAGUUUCAAACAUUACUUUCAAUUUCAAAUCCUGCUUUUCAAAUUCAAUAUAAUUAUUCAAUUUCUGUUUCUAGUGGCACAAAUCUCAGCCCAUAACUUUUACCUCCAUCUUCUGCAAAUUCAAAAUCCACAUAUGCUAUAAAAAUAGCCAAAGCAAAAAGGCAGAUUUCUCAGUUUGUGCAUCAAUUCAGGAAAAGGAGUAAGAAUUAUUGAAAAUACACACGGGAAAUUGUGUGGUGGCAGAUUGAUCAAGGAAAAUAGAAGUCUGAGAAGGGCAGGGAUUCCAUUUGAGCCUCAUCACCCACUCACCAUAAAUCAUCCCACUUAUUACCCACAUGCCGACUUAAGAUAAAAACAAGUUGAUACUUAGCAGUGGUGUAUGCUUCUAUAGAAUAAAGCAUAAUAAAAUGCCCUCUCUGGUGCUUUGUCCAUGGGAGGUGCAUUAAAAACUAUUUAGUACCUGCUAUUUUGGAUGAUACAUGACAGAGUGCUCACUGGUUGCUGUCAAAAUGUAAAAAAGAAUUGAGGCUUCAACAUGAGUUGUAGUGUUGUUGACAAAUAGCAGCUGUUCAGGUUAUUUUGAGCAGCUCUUCUUCUCUUUUCUGAUGGGAUGUAUUCACAUAUUUUGCUGCUUCCAAAGCCGUGACCCUUUGUUCUCCUAAGAGAUGUCAAACUUUUCCUGGUCAGUGAGUUGGGUGAAGUUGGGUGUUAUGUGUGUGAGUUUAGUGUACGUGUGUGUCCUGAUGGGUGAAUGUGUCACAGUGUUACAGGAAAAGCUGCUCUGUUUCCAUCUGUGUGUGAGGACAGAGCUGAUACAGCUGCUCCUCUCUGGGCAGCCAGGUCUGUCUGUGGUGGCCGCUCUCUAUGGCCAGGCUGUGGUUGCUGAGUCUGUCCACAGUCAAGGUUCUCCUCUUCUCUGGGGUCAGUUACCAAACUCAGGUAAUCUGCCAUGAGUAUUGUCUGAUUAGGGCCAGAUAGCAUAGGAGUUUGCUUUGGGUUUGGGUUGUAAAUGUCCAAUAGUUGAUGUAGUUGUCUUUUUGUUUUUGUAUAAUUUGGUUGAGGGGUGUUAUUGUGUGAGGGUGGUCUUGGUGCUCGGAGCUGGUGAAGCUGAGCUUGUGGACCAGCUGGCUGAGGGGACUCCUGUCUCUGCUCCCCUCUUGACUUUGCAGGGCUUUGUAGUGGUAGGAGCUGGGGUGGCUGGCUUUGAGGUGUUGGUAGAAUUUGAUUGCCCUUUUUUGGAUCCAAAUUACUGGGGAAAUUAUCCUAAUUCAGCUCUGCAUCCAUUAUUGGGGGUGUUUCUGUGGACUUUAAGAAUGCUUUUAAAAAUCUCAGUGUGCAGACUUUCGAUUGGGUGUUCAUCCCAUCUCUCAAAGUCUUGGUUUACAAGUGGACCCCACACUUCACUACCAUCUAAUAUAAUGGGUUCAAAUACAGACUAAAAUACUUUGAUCCAGAUUCUGACUGGAAUAUCAACAUGUGGAGAUUUUUUAAUAGACCAGACGGCUCUUCUGCCCUUGUCUCGCAGACCGUUAAUGGCCAGAUUGAAAUUUCCUGUAGGUGUGAUGUUAAGUCUGAGGUAUGUGUAGCUGUGUGUGUGUUGUAUGGGUGGGGCUGAGAAUGCAGCCCAGCUUUACCCCUCUACUUUGGGGGAAGAAGUCUGUUUCUAUGGUUCCAAUUUUCACCACAUAUUGAUAUUUAUGUACAUUGUUUUAAUGAUAUCAUAGAUUUUUCCCCCAAUACCUUUCUCUAGUGAUUUCAGAAAUAAACCCUGAAGCCAAAUUAAAUCAAAUGCUUUUUUGGAAAUCCACAAAACAAGCAAAGAUUUUGUUUUUGUCGCGGUGAACAUGUUUCUGGAUGAGGGUGUAGAUGUGGUCAGUGGUUCUGUGUUGUGGUAUGAAUACAAUCUGACUCUUGCUCAGGACAUGGUGCUCACUGAGGAAGUUUUGCAGAUGGCUGUUAACAAGGCUGCAGAAUUACUUCCCUAGGCUGCUGCUGACACAUAUGCCUCUGUGGUUGUUGGGCUCAUACUUGUCUCCACUUUUGUGGACUGGAGUGAUUAUUCGUCAGUUCCAGGCGUCAGGAAAAUGUUCAAUGAUCAGAAUAAGAUUGAAUAUUUUCAAUAUGGCAGUCCUCAUUUUAUGGCUGUUAAACUGAAGCAUUUCAUUUAAAGUUCGAUCCGGUCCACUUGCCUUCCUUGGCUGAAGAGCCUGGAUCUUGGUCAGCAGCUCCUCCUCACUAAUUACAUAAUCUAGAGGGGUUUGAUUGUCUUUAUUGUCUGAUUCAAGGGCUUCUACUUUGUUAAGCAGAUUGUUUUGCGCUGAAUCCAGAGUGAUUGCACUGUAUAGAUUUUCAAAGUGCUUUUUCCAAAUGUCACCGUUUUGAAUGACCAGUUCUUCCUUGUCAGAUUUCUUAAAUGAAUGCCAUUUUUUCCAAAAAUUAUUGGAGUCAAUAGACUCUUCAAUUUCUUCUAGGAGGUGCUGUUCAUGUUGUUUCUUAUUAGUGCUCAGUGUUUUUCUAUAUAACUUCAGUGAUUCCCAGUUACGAGGGUGGCGCUCCUGAUUGUCAGGUUGCUGUUUUUUUUUUUUAUUUGACAAUUUACGGAGUGUUUUUCUCAGAGAUCUGCAGUCAGAAUCAAACCACUUUUCAUCAUUUGAUUUGUUUGAACUAUGACAUUUAGAUUUGUUUAGAUUGGAUCGAGAUGCUGUUUGGUCAAAUAUAUCGUUAAUAUCCCUAACAGCCUGAUUGAGGCUAUCAUUACUGUAGGGAUAUGGGGUGGAGAGAAAAAGGUCCAACUUCGUUUCGAUAGUUGGGUGCCCAAUUGCUCUGAUAGUCAUCUUUGCUAUGACUUGUCCACCCGUAAGGCUGUUUGGAGUGGUUGAGCCUACUGGGCUGUGCUACAUGAGGGUCUGUUGGGGUCCUCCUAAUCUACAGGGUGAUUUUGAUCUGAUAAGGGCUGAUGGUGAAUUCCCUAAGAUAGAAGGGGUCUAGGUCUGUAAUAUUAUAGUCUACUGUGCUGUUGCCAAGAAGUGAGCUGUGUGUGUAGUGACCGAAGGAGUCCCCUCGAAGCCGACUGUGUGCGACACAUCUGCAGCAGUUGGUGCCUAUUUCUGUUGACAGUUUUACCAAAGUUGUUGCAGUACAGAUGUGGAGGAGGAGGGAUGCUGAUCCGACCAGGUAUGGGUUUGUCUCCCUGUGCAUUAAUUAAAUCAGGAUCUGUGGCUGUUCUGGCAUCAAGAUCACCACAGAUCAUCUGUGUGUGGUAACAGCUGAUCUCGUCUUCCAGAAUGGGGAAAGUCUUUUCGUUAUAAUAAGGAGUCUCUGAUGGGGGGAUAUAGGCUGCACAUAAUGAUUAGGUCUUUGUCCGGGGAGAUAACCUCUUUUUUUAUUUUAAACCAAAUUGAAAAAUCUCCUGUGUGUCAGGGGUGUGUGAGGUUUGUCUUGUACCAGAUCAACAUCCCUCCUGAAUCUCUGCCUUGGCUUUCAGGUAGAUGGAAAAAUUACUUCUCUAUAACUCAAAGGACAACCAGUGGGCAUGUCUCCUCUACUCCAAGUCUCCAGCAGUACAAUGAUGUCUGACUUUUCUAACUGCCUAUUAAAGUCUGGGGUCCUGCUUUUAAGGCCAAAAGUUGUGGACUUCAAACCCUGGAUGUUCCAACAUGAGAUAAUAAAAGAUUUAGAUUUUAUUAACUUUAAUGAAACUCUUUAACUCUCUCUCUCUCUUCAGGGCAGAGAGGUGAGCCAAGAAAGCGUGAAGCAGUUUUAUGAUAACUGGAUCUCCCGUCAAAACACAUUUUCAUCUCAAGAUGAACUAGAUGACUUGUCGCCUCCUCCCUCCUCCCCACCUGCUGUCCCCUCUUCAGACCAUGCCUAUGCUAAGCUUAAGAACCAAUCCUCAAAAUUGUCAUGGGGUAGCAGUGUUUCCAGGUAGGUCACUUAACACCAAGUCCGUUAUAUGUUUUUUUUUUGGCCAUUUCUCUGUUUUCUCCUGCUACUUCUGUCAUUUAUUGAAAUGUCUGCAAAUACAUGGAGAAGAAAAUCUGCAAAUAUGAUGUGGACUUGAAAAACAAAGAUACAGUUGAUCAACACCAAUCAGCACAUCGAUGUUCAUGCACAUCCUGAAAUACCUUCCACCAGGCUCACAGUGAGCCUGACCCUUAACCCAACACCCAUGACUUUGUGACCAACUGUAAUGAGCGCAGUAUUAUCAAAAUUAACCACCUAGAGGUGAAUGAAGAAACUAUUCCAGGCUUGUCCAGCGCAAAGCAAGAAUGAAGGGUCUACCAGUUUGGGCUAUCAGUACUUUUAUCUAUAUUCUGUCAUAAUAUUUUUAUUAAAUUUUAGUCCAUACAGUCAGUACAACCAUAAUGUAAACUAGAAAAUUCCCUCUGGGGAAUUAUGAAAGGGCCUUGAGGGCUACUGCCAGGGUGUUUACAUUAUGAUGAGAUUCUUCAGAGAUUUCAAAUAACUAAUGCUAGUAGCAUUGUGAUAGUAUAAAAAAGGAGCACACAUACAAAUAUCAUUCCUUUUUCCAAGUAUUUAUUUAUACAACAGAAAAAAAUGGAGCUGGAGCAGUUGACAUUUGAAAAACUCCAAUAAUUGCCCUUGUUUUUGGCUUGACUUCAAUGCAAACCUUUCCACGGUUUCUUAUGACUUACAACUCACUGUUGAAUAGAGGACUGUGCUUCCAUUCAUUUGCCCCGUGGCCCUAAUAAACCUAAAUGAUCUUACAACACGCUGCAGACACAUUAAAAAAUCUAUGUCCAGAGUAAUGCCUACACUGAAAUAGAGUGGCAAUGAGAAAUUGCAGGUUUUCACUUCUGUGCAGGAAAUAAAAUAAAACCUUUUUAAUCAAGCAAAAACAAAGCAUGCAGUUACAUUUCCUACUCAAAUAAUGAUUGAAUAAAACAGAGUUUACUUUCAGACUUAAUUUCAAGAAAGUUAUUUCAGGCUAACCUUACUUUCAGUUCUACACUGUGUUGGGAGAAAAUGUAAAAUUCAAUUUCAACUGCCUUGAUGAUAAAUCAUACCAAAAAAAGUGCAACAAAAUCUCUCUGUCCUCAGUCAAACACAACAAUCAAUCAUUGGGCUUGAGCAUAAACAAAAUAGUAUCAGGUGGAGAUCAUUUUACAAUCUCAGGCAAAAGAGCUGGAAAAAUAUUUGCCUAUGGGGGAAAGCUUUCUAACCUGUUAAGUAGGACUGUAUAUGAACAAGGAUGCCCAUUUUUGUGGUAUCAGGACUGUAAGCUAUAACUUUGAUCCUCACAUAAGACUUCAGCUUCUCAUCAGUGAGGCAGUAUCAGUUUAUUGAAUUUGAUGCAGUGCAUUGAUGAGAAAAUUUGCUCACAUUAAAUCUGGUAGGUUGAGUAAAAGAUGAACAGGCCUCUGAAUGCAUAUUUCAUCAUGUAGGUCUAUCAAAACUCUGGAAUAGCAUCCAUGUUUGACAAAAUUUUGCAGAAAGUAAUUGUAAUUUGGCACCAAGGCUACAUAGUUUUUACAGAUAAACAAUGUUAAACGCUACACUAAAAAGUUACGCAAAAUAUAAAAAGAAAAAAAAAUUGAAGCAGAGUCACAUGGACAAAGAGCCACUGGAGAGAGGCAAAAGAGCACCAUGCUGCUCUGGAGCAAUCAAUCAAUCAAUCAAUCAAACUUUAUUUAUAUAGCACCUUUCAUGCUUUUAAGCUGCAACACAAAGUGCUUUACAAAGAGGUAAAAACAAACAACGUUAAAAAAGAAAAAAAAACAAAACAAAACAAAUAACAGUAAAUAUAGGGCACUUAAAUAGGCAUAAAACCCGUCCCUUCCACCCACAGCAGCAUAUACAGGCAUGCACAGCAGCCCAACCCACACACACAUACACGCACACACGUAUCCACACACCCACACAGUAACUGUCAGUAAAAACAUGGCAAGGCACUGAUGAUUCUGGUAAGGAAAGACCACCUAUGGGAGCCGUCCACACCGAGAGGAGCCACAGCCCACCCCCACAGGGAGCACCGCUCCCGAGACCCCCCGACCCAGACAGCCCGGGUGCACCCUGCACAUAGUGCAGAGCCCCCUAACCGUCCGGGCCUGGACGAUCCCAAGGACCGCGCCCCCCGGGGGCGGACCAGACAUACCUCCCAGUGUGGAGGGCCCCCACGAGGAAACUCUGGAGCUAAAAAGACUAGGGCAUAGAAGGAAUUAAAAUAAUAUUAAAAUAUCUAAAUGACGUAAAAAUGUGAUAAAAGUAAAGGAUAAAAUAAACUAAAACCAAAUUAGAAUAAUGUUAGAAUAUCUAAGUGACAUAAAAAUGUGAUAAAAGUAAAGGAUAAAAUAAACUAAAACCAAAUUAGAAUAAUGUUAGAAUAUCUAAGUGACAUAAAAAUGUGAUAAAUGUAAAGGAUAAAAUAAACUAAAACAGUUAAAUCAGCUAAAAGCCAAACUAAAAAGGUGGGUCUUGAGCCUCCUUUUAAAAACAUCAACAGUCUCUGCGGUCCUGAUGUUCUCUGGCAGGCUGUUCCAUAACUUUGGGUUACCAACCUAUGGCUGAGAUUUAGUAGCAUUCAGCAGGAUGAGCUUGGCUGUUCAUUGCCACAGACAACGGGACCACCCAGCUAUUUAACUGGUGUUUCUGGGGCAACACAUGAUCAUUGAUCACAAGGACAUCCCAUCAUAUGUAGAUGUUCCCGAAAGAGUAGUUGGGGCCAAAAGCACUGGUGAGCUAGUCACAUGCAUGGAGAACCAGAUAACUAGUUGUCUGAGAAUGACCAGAUAUUGAGUGAAUGAAUGAUAAUGAUGUAAACCUAGUGUCUUAUGCAGCUUAGUGCAAUUAUUCAAAGAACACAUUCAAGCUCCAACUGACCUGACCUGGUCCCAUAAAGCAAAAUAACAUGGAUAUACAGUAUAAUACAAUAUUUCUCAAUUGCUAAAACACUUAACCGCAUUGUCUAAACCAAAUGCUCAGCAGCCUGAACCCAUUGAUUGAAUCAGUCACUCUUUUGGCAAAACCAUAACCAAAACCAGCACUUUUCAGCUGUGCACAGUGAUUCCAGUUUAGAGGGGGUUGUCCCCUGUUGCUUGGUCAGUGAGAAUGUGGCCUGUGAUGUGGAUGAAGUCCUGUGGCCAACCCAGCAUACAGACAUGAUGAUGUGGCUGAACGAUUGUAGAUACUGUAAGCAAUUGAGUUUGAUUUAGUGGUUUACAUGUGCUUAAUGUGCUUUAAUGUGCUUCUCAUUUAUUUUUGCUUUUACUUAAUUUUUAUUGUAUACAGGUGAUAAUUUCACAGAGGAUUUUCUUUUUUAUUUGCAAAAUUCAUUUAGCCUACUGUGAACAAUAACUUUGACAGUUUCGUGUCCUGAGCAUUGUGUUUUCCAUUUUUUAAGUAGUAUGUAAUGACUGCUCAGUAGUGUUCAUUUUAAUUGACUUGGGCAAUGAUCUGACAACAUUGUUUGGUUUUGCAGGAAGAGUCAGAGGUUUGGUGAAUGUAGUUUGAAAAUUGGGUUUUGUGCUUAUUGAGAAAAGGAUGGGGGAUGUCAAGAAAUGUUUUUGACUAAAACUGUAACAUACCAUGUACAUUACUGCUUUCUCUCUUCGACUUUUCCUCUGCUUUUCCUUCUCUCUUUUCUUAAUCUUCAGCUGUAUGACAGAUGAAACAAUGCUUGGUUCCCGUCAGCCGACCCAUGAAGAGCUUGAUGAGCCCCCUGCUGUCCCUCCUGCAGCUGACCAGCUCAGAAGAAGACUCCUGAGAACAACAAAUAUUGACCUGACCUCUGUUGGGCCUGAUGAAAUUUCACCAAGGUAUGUAAAUUAAACAGGUUUUCAUACUAAGGUUGGUGUCAUCAUCUGUGGGGAGGAUCUAUCUGUUAGCACUGUGCUUAACUGUCUUUAAGACCCAUCUGCCUCUAUACUUGUGCAGAUGUAAAAUAUUGUUGAUAUAUUUGUUUUAUAUUUUGAAUUAAAAAAUGUACCCUUUUCUAUUCUUAUUGAAAAAGCUAUGAGGAUAGCUUUCUUUUAAGGGACGACCACUCACAAAAUGAAAAUAAGGAGGGGGUCACUGAGACUGUGAUGGAGCAUGAGCAAGAACAUAAAGAGACAGAGGAAAAGGAAGUGGAUUAUGAGGAAGAAGGUUUGAAAGAAGAAACACAACAGACAGAAAACGAAGAGUGCUCCAAUUACCCAGGAUGCAUGUCAUUGGGCUUCAGGGAGAGUGAUGGAGAAAAAAGCCUGGACCUCACAGAACCUUUAAAACCUUUGAGCCAGGAAACAAGGAACCUCACUGCUAGUGAGCUGCUGCUGAACAAGUAGGUGAUUGCAAAGAAAGUAUCUCUUGUACGUCAAGUUUUGGCCUUUUCCUUUUUUUGCAAGCCUUAAGACCUUAAGAUCAUUUUCUUGUUCACAUCUGUCAUUUCUGUCUUUCUUCCUUCCUACCAUGUAGCAUGUUUGAAAAUGAUGAGAUCUCUGAGUCUUAUAAAUUUUUCACCAUAUUGCCAAGGCCACUGAAGCUGCUUUUUGCCCUCUAUAACACCAUGGUGUCCAAGUCAGAGAUGUUAUGCUACUUUGUUAUCAUCCUCAACCACAUCGUGUCAGCCUCACUUCUCUCCCUCAUCCUGCCCAUCCUUAUCUUCCUCUGGGCCAUGCUGUCAGUCCCCAGGCCAACCAAGCGCUUCUGGAUGACAGCCAUCAUUUACACAGAGGUAUCUGGUUAUGACCUUGCAUAAUCUUCAGACGUGUAGGGCUUCUUUAAAUUAUAAUGAUAUUUUAAGAAUAAGAAUAACUUUAUUGAUAAUAAAUUAUUGAUAAUUAAUUGAUAAUAAAUCAAAAACAGAGCAGUAAUCAGUUCGCUAUUUAUUAUCAAUAACUUUGUCAUAACUAAAAUGGGUUCAUUUAGGAUGCCAUGCAAAAUCAAAAUAACACAACAUAUUUUUCUAAGUGUUACACAGGAAUAAUUUUUUUUUUCUAAUGUUGCCUAGCAAAUACUUGUGCAUGUGUGUUUGCCAAUAUUUAGUUCAUUUUUCUGAACUUAGUCCUUUAAUCUGCUUGAUUUUUAGGAUUUCAGAGUUUUACACACACAAAAUUAAAAUUAGUUUGACCAUUUUUCAUAGUCAGUAAUACUAUGUCUAUCAAUCUAGUGCAUUUUGAGUGCAGGACAACGCAGGCAAUAUCACAGGAAAUCCUUAAACACAGUGUUUCCAUUAUUUUUGCUGAUGUGUAAUCACCAAUUGUGUUUUAUCUUUUUCUUAGCUGACUGUAGUGGUAAAGUACUUUUUCCAGUUUGGUUUCUUCCCUUGGACCACCUCUGCCUAUCGAGGUAUCAAUGCUGACAGGCCCUUUGCCCUCCCGAACAUUAUUGGGGUGGAGAAAAAAAAUGGCUAUGUCCUCUUUGAUCUCAUUCAGCUGCUUGCUCUAUUCUUUCACCGCUCGAUUCUGAAGGUACCCUCAGAAAAUUAACAUUGAAAUUUAGAUGAAUUUCAUUUUAUUUAACUGAACUCUGAUGCUUUGUGUACAAAACAAUACUAUGCACAUAACAAAUCUGUAUGUAUCAAUUUCUGAACAGUGCCAUGGGCUGUGGGACAACAAAGAGGUUGAGAUGCCAGAUUUUUUCAAGAAGAUGAAGAGGAAAGUGGACAAAAAAAAGAUGUCAGGGGGUGAUAAGACAGGCAACAAAGACAAACCUCAACGCAGACUUAAGUUUCUUCCCUUACAGGCUUCAACAACCUCCAUAUUCUGUAAAAGAAGGAGGGUGGACUCACCAGAAUCAAAUGGUAAAUAUAAAAAAAAAUAAACCUGAAGGAAAUGUGCUGUAAAUCAGACUAAAAAGUUCACUUGAGUAGAUCCAGUGUAAGAACUCUACUGCUCUUUCUUUUUUUUUUGUUUCACACAUGUAUUUCAUUUGUUUAAUGGAGAGGUGAAGCCAAAAAAGCAGCGCAGCAAGAGGAAAAGACAAAAACACCAGGCUCCUCUGACCAGGAAGCAGAGGAUCAGACAACAUAUCAGAGAAAGGAUGCUACAGGCCAAAGCUGCUGUCAUAGAAGUGUACGUUUGUUUUUGUUCAAGUGUGCAUUACAACACCCUUCCUUGUGUUUGAGAGUGUCUUUAUAACUAAAAUACGUGAGUAAUAUUUUUUAGAGUGAACAGUUUUUCCAUAUUAGGUCAAACAUCAGUUUCGAUGUUGUAUAAAAUCUUGCGUUUAUGUGUGCACCAUGGUUUACUGCAGCUGCUCCAUGAGAACUUUAUGUGGGUGUUUAGGAAGCAGCUUCAGGUUUUGAUUGUUGUUAUAAGAAAUGUCCUUGCUUAACAUGAAAAUGUGAUUGAAAAUUAAAAAAUAUACAGUCCCAUUCAGGGGGAAGUUACUACAUAGUUGUUUUUAAAGACCAGGUCAAAACUAUAAUCAGCAAAAGUAAAAUACAGUAAUGACCAAAAUAUUAAUCUGAAUUGAUCUGUUGAGAUAUUUGCCUAAAUCAGCGAAAUUAGACACUUACAGGUCCAAUUCAUGCUCAGUACACUCAAAAAUUAGAUUUGUGUUUUAGUGUAGCACUGUCUGACUAUGAAGUUUUGUGUACACAUUUAACAGUUUUCCACUUUUUUUUCCAGUGCUCUUCACAUUUAUUUACCCAUAAGGCAGUUUUUCUAUGACAUCAUCCACCCUGACUACAGUCCUGUGUGUGAUGUCUACGCCCUUAUGUUUCUUAUUGAUGUAGUCAACUUCAUCAUUACUAUAUAUGGAUACUGGGCUUUCGGGGUAAGAGUCUGUGUUGCCUCACAUCAAAACAAGGAUAGACAUUUUUUCUCAUUGUUGUCUAACAUUAUUGCACUGUUUUUCUUGCUCGCCACAGAAAUACUCUGCUGUGGCUGACAUCACAGAGUCUUUGUCAGAGGACCAGGUUCCAGAGGCUUUCCUGGUUAUGUUGCUCAUGCAGUUUGGCACCAUGAUAGUGGACCGGGCCCUCUACUUAAAGAAGUCCCUGCUGGGAAAGUGCGUCUUUCAGGUGGUGCUUGUAUUUGGUAUACACUUCUGGAUGUUCUUUAUCCUGCCCGGGGUCACAGAGAGGUCAGUAACUGGUUUUGUAAAUCAGCCAAAUCUCCACUGUUAACUUUAGAAACCACCUCAAAACUACAGACCCUCUAACACAUCUGAAUGGAAUUCACAGGAGGUUCAACAGGAACCCAAUUGCUCAGCUCUGGUACUUUGUAAAGUGUAUCUACUUUGGACUGUCAGCCUAUCAGAUCAAAUGUGGCUACCCAAAUCGCAUUCUUGGCAACUUUCUCACCAAGAACUACAACUACCUGAACCUCUUUCUCUUCCAAGGGUAAGAGAACUGGCUAUGACUGAAAAUAAAUUUCUGUUCCCAAAUGCAGUUAAAAUCCCUUUAUUAAAGAUAUACUUUAUGUUGUGUAAACCAACUUGAAAAGAGAAUCUAGAAUAAUAAUGAUGCAUCUCUUUUUUGGAAGUAUUUUUAUUGUUAUUCUUUUCCAAGGUACACUUGCAAAAUGUAUCAAAUAUUCCCCUGAAUUAUUUAUCUUUGUAAUUUUUCUAUCAUCUCAAUCUUCAGGUUUCGUUUGGUUCCCUUCCUAACAGAGUUGAGGGCUGUGAUGGAUUGGGUUUGGACUGACACCACUCUGUCUCUUUCAAGCUGGAUCUGUGUUGAAGACAUCUAUGCAAAUAUUUUUAUCCUAAAGUGCUGGAGGGAGUCUGAGAAAGUAAUUAAGAGCUUGAACUAAAUAAUUUUCUCAGUGCAUAGGGUUUUCUAUAUCAUCAAGUCAGCACGGAUAUUGGAUUUAGAUUGUAUAAUUUAUGAUUUAAACCUGCUGGAAGAAUAUAAUUCUCUGUAUUGUUUGGGUACUCUGUGAAGAAUAUAUGCCUUGUAUGGAACUUGUUGGCUAAGGAAAAAAAAUACGAAUGUAAUUGUUCUAGCUGAUAGGUACAGCCAGAGAUCUACAGUGGUUUGAUUUCCGUAUUUUUUCCUAGAAAUACCCCCACACUCCAGGGCAGAAAAAGAAGAAAGUGGUGAAAUAUGGGAUGGGAGGGUUCAUCAUCUUUGCCCUGAUUAGCAUCAUUUGGUUCCCCCUACUCUUCAUGUCAUUGGUACAGUCAGCAGCUGGGGUGACCAAUCAACCAGUAGAUGUCUCCAUUCAGCUCAGCAUAGCAGGAUAUGAGGUCAGAACUGUAAUAAAAACUGAGUUUCUGUGAGAUAACUUUGUGUACUGUGUUUUUGUGCUCAUAAUCUGAAUCAAAGAAUCCAAAUGAAUGCUUCAUACAGAGACUCAAACUCAGAAACAUAAAGCAGUUUUACAUAAAGUGUUUUACUGAAAAGUUCCAGUGUAUAAUGCUGAUAGUUUUAUCAACACUUAACAGACAUUACAGUCAUAGUUGCAGUUCUGAGAGGCUAUUCUGAAGCGCAGCUGUGCUUUGAGUUGAAUGCUAAUUGUAAUAAUGAUGAUGUCUUACUUUUAAUGGUGUCUUACUUUGUUUUUGCAGCCUCUGUUUACAAUGAGUGCCCAGGAGCAGAACUUGAUUGCAUAUACAGAAAGAGAUUUCAACCAACUCACCAACAAGUAUGCAACCCAUAAGGUAGGAGGCAACACAUUCAAGUUAUCUUAGCGUAGAAAAAGAAGUUAAAUGAAAUACAGAACCACCCACCACCAGAGAUGGAGCACAAUUAUACUCCAAGUGUACUACUCUAUGGUUUCAGAUAAAAGGACUUAGUAUAUUUCAGCUGUGGCAACAUUUCUUUGAGUAACUGUCAAAAUUCAUUACCCUCUCAUCUCUCCAUCCAAGUCGGCAAUGCAGUUCAUAAUGAACUAUGUGGCGGAUGACAUUGUUACUGCUAAAAUCAAAAGUGAUGCCAGUCUGCUGUGGAGCAUAAGCCCGGCCAGUCGAGAAGCCAUGAUACAGGAGCUCAGCAACUCCUCCCACAUAUACAUUACCUUACGCUGGACGCUGCUCAGGUCAGUGUUUGCUUGUACAACAUGAGUGAGUGUUUUCUGUGUUUAUAGUGCAGUGUAGAUGCACAAGGCUUAUUAUAAAUUAAAAUAUAAUUCUAAUACUUCGUUUCAAGUUUCUAUAUCAUUUAUUCUGCUUUGAUUUUAGCCAUUGUGGGAGCUUUUCUAGGUUUUAAAGAAAAAGGAAAAAUCAAGCUAGUGGAAGCCUUCAUUAUAAUACGUGGCAGAAUGUGAACAGUUGAUAUACCUCCAAAUUUUUUAACCAUAUUCAGACUACAUGUAAGACUUGUGGAGGCUUAUUUUUGGUUCUUUUUAAUUCUGAACAAUGAACUUACUGAAUGAUUUUCUCCUGCUCAUGUAAGGAAUGCAUCCAUAUCAAUGAAUGCAGAGACAGUGGGGGAACACACUGUGAAGUUUGAGGACAAGGCCUUGAAGGAAGAAAUCAUCCAUAUGCUCAAAGGAAACAGCAGCAAACCUGUGUGAGUCUCAUCAAAGAAACGUGAUUUUUUCAUGAUUGCAUUUUCACUGUUGGUCUCCUAUGUAUGGAAGCCCAUUUCCGCCAGUCAAAAAAAAAAAAAAAAAGUCGAAAUUAUGAGAUAAAAAGUCAUAAUUAUGAGAUUAAAAAGUCAUAAUUAUGAGAUAAAAAGUCAUAAUUAUGAGAUUAAAAAGUCAUAAUUAUGAGAUAAAAAGUCAUAAUUAUGAGAUUAAAAAGUCAUAAUUAUGAGAUAAAAAGUCAAAAUUAUGAGAUUUAAAAGUCGAAAUUAUGAGAUAAAAAGUCAUAAUUAUGAGAUAAAAAGUCGAAAUUAUGAGAUUUUAAAGUCGAAAUUAUGAGUGCACAGUGUACAAUUUUCGCAUGACUUUUCAACAUGCUGGAGAACACAGCGUUACAUGUAAAACUGGUGGAGACAUUUGUAGCCGACUCUAAGUAACAUAAUUCAACUCACAGGUAGAAAGUACGGACACUGUUCCUGUCUCAGUGUCACCAUCUAGUGGCAUAAACGUUACUUCAAAACGAUGAUUCACUGACAGCUGAAAGAUAUUGUCAAAAUAACGUAAUUUGUUUAGCAGCACGGACGGGCUGAUUAAAUGAAUAGUAAUAUUUAAUAUCUAUCAAAGACACCUAUAAUACUUUCCUAAUUUACUGAUGAGUAUUGUUUGCAUGGUGCAUCCGGUGAGUUGAAGUGAGACCUUGAAGACGGCGCCAUAAAACAUGCGCACUUACUAUCACAUAAUUUCGAUUUUUAAUCUCAUAAUUAUGACUUUUUAAUCUCAUAAUUUCGACUUUUUAUCUCAUAAUUUCGACUUUUUUUUUUUUUUUUGACUGGCGGAAACGGGCUUCCAUACCUAUGGGUAUUAAAAAACAGCAUGUAAAAUAACUGAUAAAACCAACAUGCUCAUGGGGGGCUGGCAUGGGCAAGAGUUGAGACUGUAGUCCUCAAGUGGGCAGCCUGGAUUCAAUUCCAACUUGUGGCCCUUUUCCCACAUGGCACCCUCCAUCUUCUCUGCAUGGUUUCCUGCUCUAUUUUUUUUCCAAAGAAAAGGGGAUGAAAGGUUAAAAUUAUGUCAAUUAAAAAAGAGCACACUCACAAGAAAGUUGUACCCCCCCAAAAAAAAAGACUUUGCUAAGGCUAAGGUUGUAAAAAUGCUCGUUUCUAAACAUCUAUACUACCAAGACAUCCAGCACAACUUUGCAUGUAUUUUGACCAGUGAGUAUUUUAGCCUUCUGACAUGAGCUUCUGUUCUGUAGGAUUAUCAACUCUUUGCUGCCAAAAUACAUCAGAGGUCCCAAAGGAACGGUGUCGAAGAUGGCAACAAGGAUGACAGUAGGCAAGUUACAGUUGUCAUACAUUGAACAUGAUAUGGACUUUCAUGCCUCUGUGCCAAUAAGUUGUUACAGGAAACAUUCUGCUUUGGGCCACCCAUCUUUCCUGUUCUUGUGAAUGCAACAUUUCAAGAACACCUGGGGAGAAAACAUUUUAGUAAUAUAUCAGCCCCUUCAUUUGGACUCAUAGAUAAACUGUUCAUAAAGGUUGGUGACCCUUUUUCUGGCUGUGGUGUUACCUUUCCUGUUCAAUGUAGGCCUACUUUAGCUGCUGUUUGAGUUUUGGGCUAAGUAUUGAUUCUCUUUUUUUAAAUAUAACAAAUAUAUUAUGAUUCUGCAUUUAUCAUAUUUGCCUGUAAUUCUCAUUAUUCUGUAGAUUGAAACAACAGUGUACCUUAAAACAGAUAAUUCCAUUUAUCUUGGUUGUUACAUGUAUCUUGGUUUCUUUUGAAUUCAGGUGAUUGAAUGCCUACUUUCUCUCUUUUUUCCCCUCUCAUUUCUGUCUGGGCAUAACAGGCCUUACUUUUGUGUGGAGGAAGCUCUCUGAGCUACAAGUUAGGGAGAUAAUCUAUCAGCUAAAGAGACUGAUCCAUCUUGUACUUAUCUUCUUUGCAUCUUUCUGACAUGUCCUCCACUAGAUCCCGCAAUCCAAGCACUAGCCUUCUUCAGGCCUAUGUCAGUCAAACUUCAACAGGUCGCUGGGACUUCAGAAAAGAACACAGAUCAGUGGUGGGUUGUGGAGGAGUGCUCCCCUGUUCUCAUCCACAACCACAAAUGUGACAGCAUCGAGAUAACUGUGUUCAGUGAUAAAGUCAGCCCCUCCAGUCUUGGCUUCCUGGCUGGACACGGGUAUAAACCAUUUCAUUUCACCUGCAGUUUGUUAAAAAUUAAAAAUAAUGCUUAUAAUUAUUGCUGUUGUUUUGUAUUAUUAUUAUUGUUAAUGUCAUUUUUAUUUGGAAUCUGUCUGCUUUAUUCCUUUAAAUCCUGUGUUUUAAUUAUUACAGUGUGUUUAACAGCUUUUUACCAGCUGUAUCUUAGUUUAACAAGAUCCAAAGACUGGAUUUAGCCUUAAAGGGAUAUUCGGGUGUAAAAUUAAUUUAGGGUCAAACAUACCAUAACACUGAGUUUAGACACCCCCUCGAGAGAUGAAUGUUGCCGACCACUUGCAUCUCUAGUUAUACCAACUUUAGUAACAACCACGAUAGCAAUACACAGCAAUACACAACAGGUGCUGUUCUGAGCAUUAUUUGUGGCUAUAGAAUGGCUUUUUGGUUGAGGUUUGUUUAUGGCUCCUCAGACCACUGUGUAUUGUAUCGUUACUAAAGUUUGUAUAUCUAGAUAAGCAAGCAGUCGGCAACAUUCAUCUCUCAAGGGGGUGUCUAACUCGGUGCUACAGUGUGUUUGACCAUAACUUAAUUUUACGAUGGAAUAUCCCUUUAAAUCAACAGUGUGUCACCUAACUUUUCAUGGUGAUAAUCUACAAAUCCAAUUUUUAAUACAAGUUACCUCCACUUGCAGCAGAACGGAGGGUGUGGAUGAUGCCCUCAUCAAUUAUUGGCCUCCUCUAAAUUGUCCAUUAGUCUGUAAAAUGUGAUACCCAGAUUAAUAGAUACAAUUCCAACCUGUGCUGUACUUACUCAGAAGUGACAGCUUUGUUUGGCUAGCACUUCUGCCAGAGUUUUAUAGUUACCCCAGGUGUCACGUUUAAACUUUUUGUUUUGUGUGCACUUCAUUUUUGCAUGCACCCUGUCUUUUUCAUUUACUUAAUACUUACGGAAUUUUUCAAAGGUGCUUUUCUCUCCCACUAAAGGGUCAAUAUUUUUUAUCAGUACCCCUGUUCUCUUUGUUGCAGCAUUGUAGGCCUUUACAUGUCUGUGGUGCUGGUCAUCGGAAAGUUUGUCAGAGAGUUCUUCAAUGGGAUCUCCAGGUCUAUCAUGUUUGAGGAGCUGCCAUGCGUGGACCGGGUCCUUAAGCUCUGCACGGACAUUUUUGUUGUUCGAGAAACUGGAGAAAUGGAGCUUGAGGAGACACUGUUUGAAAAACUCAUCUUCCUUUACCGAUCCCCUGAGACCAUGAUCAAGAUGACCAGGGAGAAAAAGGACAGUUAGGGUUUGAGUAUUAAACUUAGUUUAGGACAAUAAAACGAUGUUAAACUUCCUUCAUUAAAAACAGAUAAGAGCUUUUAAUUUUUUGUCUUUUUAAUAAAAUUAGAGAACUAAUGCAAUAUGACAAGUGAAAAAUUAUUUGUGGCAGGAGGUGAAGCAGGGAGGACUUGUAAUUUCUGGUCUACUUCUCAUCAGAACAAUGCUCAUGUUUCACUUAGGAUCACCUGUCUCAUACCCUACUGUCUCUUGAACUAUAAUCUCCCAGGCGAGUGAUCUACAUGCAGUGGAUUUUUCAUCCAUGGCAGGUACAGCUAAGACAGAGUAAUGGAUUUUUAUUGUGAAAAUAACAUCCUGGCUUGCCUGGAGAGAAUUUGUACCAAAUAGGAUUGUGUGCAAGCAAUCCACUGUAAUAUGAAUGUUACAUAAUCUAAGAGGCACUAACUUGUAAUAACUAGUAGUCCCUUCCAGUGAUUUGCCAGUUUUAGACCAGUG